CAUCGGAGUGCUGGACAUCUUUGGCUUUGAGGACUACGAAAACAACAGCUUUGAGCAGUUCUGUAUCAACUUCGCCAACGAGAGGCUCCAACACUACUUCAAUCAGCACAUCUUUAAGCUUGAGCAGGUAAGGCAUUUGACAUUCCUGCACCCUUUCAGUACUAAAUGUGCUUAUGCACAAUGCACUUACAUGGAAGACUACUAUACAGUAGUCCUUUAAAGACGCAGGCAGGCUCCUCCAGUGGGUUAUGCAAUAGGGUUUAUUAUGGGGCUGACCACCACAUGACUCACCUCUUCAACCCUCUGACUACUGAUUAUGAUGGAUGGAUGUUACCUCCUCAACCCUCAUUAUGAUGGAUGUAUGUUACCUCCUCAAACCUCAUUAUGAUGGAUGUAUGUUACCUCCUCAACCCUCAUUAUGAUGGAUGUAUGUUACCUCCUCAACCCUCAUUAUGAUCGAUGUAUGUUACCUCCUCAACCCUCAUUAUGAUGGAUGGAUGUUACCCCCUCAACCCUCAUUAUGAUGGAUGUAUGUUACCUCCUCAACCCUCAUUAGGAUGGAUGUAUGUUACCUCCUCAACCCUCAUUAUGAUGGAUGUAUGUUACCACCUCAACCCUCAUUAUGAUGGAUGUAUGUUACCUCCUCAACCCUCAUUAUGAUGGAUGGAUGUUACCUCCUCAACCCUCAUUAUGAUGGAUGUAUGUUACCUCCUCCACCCUCAUUAUGAUGGAUGUAUGUUACCUCCUCAACCCUCAUUAUGAUGGAUGUACAGUGAGGGAAAAAAGUAUUUGAUCCCCUGCUGAUUUUGUAUGUUUUCCCACUGACAAAGAAAUGAUCAGUCUAUAAUUUUAAUGGUAGGUUUAUUUGAACAGUGAGAGACAGAAUAACAACAACAAAAUCCAGAAAAACGCAUGUCAAAAAUGUUAUAAAUUGAUUUGCAUUUUAAUGAGGGAAAUAAGUAUUUGACCCCCUCUCAAUCAGAAAGAUUUCUGGCUCCCAGGUGUCUUUUAUACAGGUAACGAGCUGAGAUUAGGAGCGCACUCUUAAAGGGAGUGCUCCUAAUCUCAGUUUGUUACCUGUAUAAAAGACACCUGUCCACAGAAGCAAUCAAUCAAUCAGAUUCCAAACUCUCCACCAUGGCCAAGACCAAAGAGCUCUCCAAGGAUGUCAGGGACAAGAUUGUAGACCUACACAAGGCUGGAAUGGGCUACAAGACCACCGCCAAGCAGCUUGGUGAGAAGGUGACAACAGUUGGUGCGAUUAUUCGCACAUGGAAGAAACACAAAAGAACUGUCAAUCUCCCUAGGCCUGGGGCGCCAUGCAAGAUCUCACCUCGUGGAGUUGCAAUGAUCAUGAGAACGGUGAGGAAUCAGCCCAGAACUACACAGGAGGAUCUUGUCAAUGAUCUCAAGGACCAUAGUCACCAAGAAAGCAAUUGGUUAACACACUACGCUGUGAAGGACUGAAAUCCUGCAGCGCCCGCAAGGUCCCCCUGCUCAAGAAAGCACAUAUACAGGCCCGUCUGAAGUUUGCCAAUGAACAUCUGAAUGAUUCAGAGGAGAACUGGGUGAAAGUGUUGUGGUCAGAUGAGACCAAAAUCGAGCUCUUUGCCAUCAACUCAACUCGCCGUGUUUGGAAGAGGAGGAAUGCUGCCUAUGACCCCAAGAACACCAUCGCCACCGUCAAACAUGGAGGUGGAAACAUUAUGCUUUGGGGGUGUUUUUCUGCUAAGGGGACAGGACAACUUCACCGCAUCAAAGGGAUGAUGGACGGGGCCAUGUACCGUCAAAUCUUGGGUGAGAACCUCCUUCCCUCAGCCAGGGCAUUGAAAAUGGGUCGUGGAUGGGUAUUCCAGCAUGACAAUGACCCAAAACACACGGCCAAGGCAACAAAGGAGUGGCUCAAGAAGAAGCACAUUAAGGUCCUGGAGUGGCCUAGCCCUCCUGAGAUGUGUGCAAACCUGGUGGCCAACUACAAGAAACGUCUGACCUCUGUGAUUGCCAACAAGGAUUUUGCCACCAAGUACUAAGUCAUGUUUUGCAGAGGGGUCAAAUAAUUAUUUCCCUCAUUAAAAUGCAAAUCAAUUUAUAACAUUUUUGACAUGAGUUUUUCUGGAUUUUUUUAUAAAAUGGGUGGUCCUCUGUAGCUCAGCUGGUAGAGCACGGCGCUUGUGGUUUCGAUCCCCGGGACCACCCAUACACAAAAAUGUAUGCACGCAUGACUGUAAGUCGCUUUGGAUAAAGUGUCUGCUAAAUGGCAUUGUUAUAAUAAACCUACCAUUACAAUUAUAGACUGAUCAUUUCUUUGUCAGUGGGCAAACGUACAAAAUCAGCAGGGGAUCAAAUACUUUUUUCCCCUCACUGUAUGUUACCUCCUCAACCCUCAUUAUGAUGGAUGUGUGUUACCUCCUCAACUCUCAUUAUGAUGGAUGGAUGUUACCUCCUCAACCCUCAUUAUGAUGGAUGGAUGUUACCUCCUCAACCCUCAUUAUGAUGGAUGUGUGUUACCUCCUCAACCCUCAUUAUGAUGGAUGUGUGUUACCUCCUCAACCCUCAUUAUGAUGGAUGUCUGUUACCUCCUCAACCCUCAUUAUGAUGGAUGUAUGUUACCUCCUCAACCCUCAUUAUGAUGGAUGUAUGUUACCUCCUCAACCCUCAUUAUGAUGGAUGUGCAUGACCUCCUCAAUCCUCAUUAUGAUGGAUGUGUGUUGGUGUUAACUGACUGGAUUGGAGAAAAAGGUUGUUUCGGUCAUGAUCAGCUUUGUAGGUAAACAUCAUGUUUAACCACGAUUGACUGAGUCACUUGUCCUUUAGUACUUUUAGGCUGCGUUAAGACAGGCAGCCCAAUUCUGAUAUUUUUUUCCACUAAUUGGUCUUUUGACCAAUGACAUCAGAUCUUUUUCAAAGCUGAUCUGAUUGGUCAAAAGACCAAUUAGUGAAAAAAUAUCAUAAUUUGGCUGCCUGUCUAAACGCAGCCUUAGUGAGUACAACUGAAACUGAUUGACUGAAUCACUUGUCCUUUAGGACUCUUAGUGAGUACAACUGAAACUGAUUGGAGAGUUCCUUUUACAGUGCCAUAUCGGCAAUGACACAUACUGUAUUUGCUGAAGGAGGCCUCCUGUACAAAGGCACCCAUCCAUAAAGCCACUGCCUUCAUUAACCUCCAUGUUAAAAAUUAGCCAUGGCUUUUGAACAUGUACAGCCCUCACUCAACUUCUAAGAGGGUUUGUUUGCUUCAUGCUUUGGUAAGGUUGGGCCAUUGCAUCGUGCUACUAAUAAGUCCGAUUUUGUGGGAUUUCCUAUGUUAAGAUGUACUGUUCCUCAACAGAACAAAUGGCUUAUGAAAUGAAUUGUCAUAGAAGACCACUGAAAUGAAGUGUUAGAACUCAAUCAAGACAAUACUCCGAUAUAGUUCUGAACUGUUAGAGCUCAAUCAAGACAAUACUCCGAUAUAGUUCUGAAGUGUUAGAACUCAAUCAAGACUAUACUCUGGUAUAGUUCUGAACUCAAUACUCAGAAUUUACUAAAGCAACCAUGUGCUGCUUGUUAUAAGCAGGCAGCCAUUUUUCUGGUGGUUAUAAAUGUCCUUAUCCGCUACCGUUUCUGGUGGUUAUAAAUGUCCUUAUCCGCUACCGUUUCUGGUGGUUAUAAAUGUCCUUAUCCGCUACCGUUUCUGGUGGUUAUAAAUGUCCUUAUCCGCUACCGUUUCUGGUGGUUAUAAAUGUCCUUAUCCACUACCGUUUCUGGUGGUUAUAAAUGUCCUUAUCCACUACCGUUUCUGGUGGUUAUAAAUGUCCUUAUCCACUACCGUUUCUGGUGGUUAUAAAUGUCCUUAUCCACUACCGUUUCUGGUGGUUAUAAAUGUCCUUAUCCACUACAUUUCUUUUUGAUAAUUUUGAGCUUAUAAAUUAAAAAUUACAAAAUAAUCCCAGGCAUGCACAUUCUCGUAGAGGCAUUGCUAUAAGAGAGAGGUGUGUGUGUGUGGCCUGAAAUCCUCCAGAGUGCGGGUGGAGUGUGUCAUUCAGCAAGCUGCAGCGUCUCUCUCCCCAGUGACUGUCAUAUCAGCAGUGUUGGCAAACCAUCAGACGUCUAAACCACUGCUGGCAACGUAGAGGAGCACAGUGUUUAUGGUCCAUUCACACUCAAUGAACAGCAUGGUGGCCUACUGUACUGUACACAGCCAGCUAGCAGGGUCACAGUCUUCUUUCUGCUAUUAGCUAACAACUAUUGUGUUGAUAAUCAUGUCUCGUGUUACGCUGUGCUGAAGUUGUCAUCGUCCAUAGUGUAUACAGAGCAUGGGCCUUGAUGUUUAUACUGACUGAACUGUGGCUGAUCCAAGUCAUGUAUAGCAUCAACAUGCCCUCAAAGUCACUGAUUUAUGAUUUGACUAGAAAAUGUCUCCAUAUUGUGUGAUCCUGUAAGUCACACUAAAAGGCUCUCUGUGCAGACAGGCAUGUUCAGACCCUGUUAUAGUGAGAACACGCCAGCCCAUCGUCAAUGUGUGACUGUGUUGACAUCCAAGAAUCGGGCUGUCAAUGUGACCUGCUUGAGUAGCACAAGGAUCAUCGAUUCUAAUGCUUUCCCUUUUCCAAGCACUCACCAUAGUUGUCCAGGCAUGUUUUGCCCAGUGCUUUCCUUGACAGGAAGGUCCCAUUGCAGACGUCCAAGUCCUCUGGGUAACAGAAAAUAAGGACUGGGUUAUUUGCCAUGGUUUGGAGGCCAGGGCAGCCAUGCUGCAGAACCGUUUUAGCCGUGCUCAAGGGUGCAACGUCAGGAGAAGGCAAGUUAUUUGUGCUCAUGGGAAAUUGAAUAAAGCAGGGGUUUAUUUGAAUAUCUGGAUUGUAUUGUUGUGAUAGCAUGACUAACCUGCACUAGGGAAGGAAAUCCACUAGAAAUAGUUGUAGGAAACCAAAGUGUUGGAGGCUACAUUGGGAAAGCCUAGUGGUGUCCCUUACAGACUAGAGAUCAACAUGGAGACAAUAUCAAGGUGGCAUCAAGGAGCUUUUUUCCCACGUAAUUACUCUGUCUAAAGAGAAAUUCUGCUAGCCUGUAUUUGCAUGUUGCCCCUCAGUGAAAGGAAGUGUGUGGGUGUGUGUGACGGAACAAGCGACAGGGGGGGGCAAAGUUGACAGACGUCCAGGUUGGCUCAUCUCCAGCUACGUCUGGCAGGCAUGACAUCACCAUCAUAAAUCACUACACAUGGAGGGAUUCUUGGAAUACUUAGACUCCUCACACACUUGUAUACACACACACACACACACACACACUCACACACACACACACUCACACACACACUCACACACACAGACAUGCACACAGAUACGCACAGACACGGACAUGCACACACAAGAGCUUACACACACACACGAGCGCUCAUUAUACAGUUAAUGGUAUGUGGUUCGGUAUGUGUUUUUACCUAACCAUUUAUAGAGAUCUUGUAAAUGUAGUUUUAUGGUUUUUCCAUGUGCUACCGGGGUUCGUUCAUGUUGUUGGCCAGAUCGAGGCUCACUGAAGGAGACGUGACGGAGUCAAGAGAGGGAAGCAGAUUAGAGACGGAGGUUAACUGACAAACAGCAGAUUGAAGACGGUCCACAAUAGAGACCGAGGUUAACAGACAAACAGCUGAUUUAAGACGGUCCACAAUAGAGACCGAGGUUAACAGACAAACAGCUGAUUUAAGACGGUCCACAAUAGAGACCGAGGUUAACAGACAAACAGCAGAUUUAAGAUGGUCCACAAUAGAGACCGAGGUUAACAGACAAACAGCAGAUUUAAGACGGUCCACAAUAGAGACCGAGGUUAACAGACAAACAGCAGAUUUAAGACGGUCCACAAUAGAGACCGAGGUUAACAGACAAACAGCAGAUUUAAGACGGUCCACAAUAGAGACCGAGGUUAACAGACAAACAUAGCAGAUGCUGUAUGCACUAUGGCAUUGUGACACAUCAGCCUGAGCCUACCAUAUCUGAAAUAUCCACUACAUUUUAUAGAACCUUGUACAGCGUUUGUGGUGUAAACACAAUACAUAUAUGUGGUCCCUUUUAGUCACAGAUCUAGGAUCAGGUCACCCUUCCCAAAUGCCAAGAGUGUGCAAAGCUGUCAUCAAGGCAAAGGGUGGCUAUUUGAAGAAUCUCAAAUAUAAAAUAUAUUUUGAUUGUUUAACACUUGUUUUGGUUACAACAUGAUUCCAUAUGUGUUAUUUCAUUUUUUUGAUGUCUUCACUAUUAUUCUACAAUGUAAAAAUGUUUACAAAUAAAGAAAAACCCUUGAAUUAGUAGGUGUGUCCAAACUUUUGACUGGUAGUGUAUAUGCUCCCUUUUAGUCACAGAUCUAGGAUCAGGUCACCCUUCCCAAAUUCUAACCAUGAACACUGUCAGCUUGUACCAAGUACAAUAAUCAUGGCGGGCAAAUAUUUUCAUUUGAGCCUAGCAUUGAAGGACUGGACCGUUGGUUCAUUCCAUUCUUCUACAGACUGGGAUCAUAAACCACCGUAUUAGGUUAUUGUUUUUGUGCCCAUGCAGCGCACCAAUGAGGUUUGUUCUCGUAUUUCCCAGUCCUUAUUUGCGAGGACAGUGGGAUAACAGAUUAACUGGUUUGUUCAGCUGACUUGUGUGACUUUUGGCUAAAAGAAAGGAGGGGGGGAAAAGGAGGGUGAAGGAGAUUGAUUUGAUUAAACCCUCGCUGGGAUUAUAGUCCUUUAUUGCGCCGUUCUUUUUCCCAGCGAGUCAAGGAGACGACGUGCAGGAGGGGAAAAACACUGCAAAAUGCUAAGAAUGCUUUUCACAUUAUUAAACCGCAAAGUGGUCCAGGCAGGCCCAGCCCAGCCCAGCCCAGCCUAGCCCAGCUCAGCCCAGCUCAGCCCAGCCCAGCCCAGCCCAGCCCAGCCCAGCCCAGCCCAGCUCAGCCCAGCUCUGCCCUGCCCAGCCCAGCCCAGCCCAGCCCAGCCCAGCCCAGCCCAGCACAGCACAGCUCAGCACAGGGAAAGGUUGUGCUGUGUUGUAGCACAACAGGAAAGCAACACUACUACUGGAACACUGUUGUUUUGUUUGUUCAGGCCCAGUGUCAAGGGUCAGUGGAGGCUUCUGAGGGGAGGACGGCCCAUAAUAAUGGCUGGGACGGAGCGAAUGGAAUGGCAUCAAACAAAUAGAAACCAUGUGUUUCGAUGUAUUUGAUACCGUUCCACCAAUUCGGCUCCAGACGUUACCAAGAGCCCGUCCUCCCCAAUUAAGGUGCCACCAACCUCCAGUGCCAAGUGUGAAGAAACACCAUACAGUUAGAGUACAAGUACAUGUUUUUUAACCUGUCCUUUGGAUGAAAUGUGUGAUGUGUGGGCUGUGAAUGACGGUUAUGUGAUUGAUGUUUGUCAGGGCAAUCAGUUUCCCUUACUCCACCACCAUAUGCAUAGUUUUCUGACUUUGCAGUUGUUGCAGACAACCCAAACCUCUGUAGAACAGCAUAUAAGAGAAAAGGGAGGUCCCAUACAAUGUUAUGGGGCUCAGUGGUAUUUGGUACAAAUUGAUAAGAUUCUUACUAUACUUACUUUGAGUGUUGAACCAUAGCAUUGUACAUUAAUAGUAAGAUCACAUCUUCAUGUUUCUGUUGUUUGUUCAUCCUGGAAACCCUAGACCUACUCCAAUUCGCAUACCGCCCCAACAGAUCCACAGACGACGUAAUCUCAAUCGCACUCCACACUGCCCUUUCCCACCUGGACAAAAAGGAACACCUAUGUGAGAAUGCUGUUCAUUGACUACAGCUCAGCGUUCAAUUAAUUAAUCAAAUAGCCACCCGGACUAUUUGCAUUGACACCUCCCCUUUUGUUUAUUAUCUAUGCAUAGUAACUUUACCCCUACCUACAUGUACAAAUUACCUCGACUAACCUGUACCCCCGCACAUUGACUCGGUACCGGUACCCCCUGUAUAUAGCCUCAUUAUUGUUAUUUUAUGGCGUUAAGUUUUAUUAUUUUUUAUUUUUUACUGUAGUUUAUUUAGUAAAUAUUUUCUUAACUCUAUUUUCUUAAAACUGCAUUGUUGGUUAAGGGAUUGUAAGUAAGCAUUUCACGCUAAGGUCUACACCUGUUGUAUUCGGCGCAUGUGACAAAUAAAAUGUGAUUUGAUUUGUUUGUAUAGGAGGAGUACAGGGCGGAGGGCAUCAGCUGGCACAACAUUGACUACGUCGACAACACAGGCUGCAUCAACCUCAUCAGCAAGAAACCCACAGCGCUGCUCCACCUGCUGGAUGAAGAGUCCAAGUGAGUCCAUCAGACCUCUCUCGCUCUCUCUUUCAGAUUCCCUCUUGCUCUGUCAGACCUGGGUCAAAAUACGAUGCAUGAUUCCACUCCGUAAGACUGGCAAGGAAGUGACUGUGACUAGGAUGAUGUUAUAGUGGAGAACAGUGAUACUCUGUAAUGGGAGAUAUUCAGGUCGCUUCAUACUGCAUACUCUAUGAAGUCUUAAAAUAUACACAACCUGAUAUCCAAACAGUCCUCUUCUGAUAACAGACAGUUUUAAUAAGCAUGUUUUAAUUCAUUCAUGAGCAUGGCUGAAAUGGGACAUUUUUGUUUCAGUACAACGUCCUCAUCAUUCCCUCUCCAUGUGUUGUAACUAAACGCUCCUUCUUGAUUUGGACACUGACGCACCGAAUUCCUCCCACUUGAAAUACCUGGAAAUCGAGUCCCUGGCGCUCUGUGUUUGUCAUAGCUCAAGUUCCCCUUAGCCUCCCCCUGACCCACUCUUCCUCUCCUCUUCCUGUAAGCUGUUGGUUUACUGUGAGCACUUCUGACAGGGGAACUGCUGUGCAGCGUCUCUAAAGGCUUGAGAGAAAGCAGGAGUUUAUCGUCCUCCUCUGGCCCAACCACCUUCUCUCUAUGGGGAGAGUUUGACUCUUAGGUGUAAAUCUAGGAUCAGCUCACCCUCCAUUAAUCCUUGCCUUAGCCAUUAGAGGGGAAAUAUAAAACUGACCUUACAUCAGUGUUCAUGGGUGACUUCGUUCUAUGGAUGAAGAUUCCAAGGAGGAGUUGUGGAAGUUGGAACCACCCAUAACUCUUUGUGCUACUAUAUAAUCAGAAUCAUUAUUCUGUAGGGACUAGAAGAGGAGAGCGGGAUGAAUAGGUGUCUGUCUGUGUCCGUCUGUGUUUCUGUCUGUGUCCGUCUGUGUUUCUGUGUUGUGAUCCUCUCUGAGACAUGAUGACAUCACCCCCCCCCCCCCCCCCCCCCCCCCCGUCAUCCUUGUCCCAGCUUCCCCCAGGCCUCUAACCAGACUCUGCUGGACAAGUUCAAGCGUCAGCAUGAGGGCAACGGCUACAUCGAGUUCCCCGCCGUCAUGGAGCCCGCCUUCAUCAUCCGCCACUACGCCGGCAAGGUCAAAUACGGGGUCAAGGUCAGUGUCUGCCUGUCUGGGUUCAACGAGAGCUUCAUGUUUGUGUCAUAGCGUCCUAGCUUAAAUCAUUCCAUUGAAUGGAAAUGUCUGUAGGACCAACUACUGUUUACUUUGGCAGGAAUCAUAUCAGAGCCAGCAUGGUUCAGGUUAGCACGGUAGUGUUAAGGUUAUAGGGGUCAUCUCAUAUCUCUGUGGUAGUGUUUUCUUUUUGCGUGGGAGGUUGUAGUUCAAAUCAGGCAAGGUGUUUCAUGCAUUUGGACAUAUAGUCUACUGUAGCUGACAGGCACAGACACACACACCCAGUAAUGGGCUGUGAAGACUUACACAUUCCUGUACAGGGGGAUUUCUUCAUCACUCUCUUGGCCCGGUUCCCUGCUGCAGAGUCCUAUAACCCAGACCUCAGACUUGGCAACCAGGAAUAUUUCACACACUGUGCAGGUCUGGACAGUCGUCUUUAGCUAAACUUGUUUCUACCUCGUCUCCUGCGAACAACAAACGCUUCAUUCUCUCUUGAAUAACCUGUUAAUUUCCAUGGUAUUUACUAUUGUUGUUUUUGGAUGGAACAGAGUCCAAGUAACACUUCACAGCUUGGUUGGAACCACAUUGGCAAUAUAUGAGGCAUCAAUCAAUAUAAUUACACUGCGGAGAGGAGCAUUAAGAAAUGUUUUAAUUAGAGGUGUUGCAAUCCAGUUCAAACUGAGUGCAUCCUCUAUUACACGGCUUCUUUAGUGACAUGGUUUUGGAAACCUCAGGAGUUCUUCUGCCAUACCAUACAAUCUGUAGCUCAAUUGGUAGAGCAUGGCGCUUGUAACGCCAGGGUAGUGGGUUCGAUCCCCGGGACCACCCAUACGUUAAAAAAAAUGUAUGCACACAUGACUGUAAGUCGCUUUGGAUAAAAGCGUCUGCUAAAUGGCAUAUUAUUAUAUAUUAUACAAGAAGCUGUGUACCUGUUCCAAUGAAAGUCUCACUAGAGAGGAAAUUAAAAGCUGAAAUAUGUAUUGAAGCUAAGCUGAGCUUAUGUGUUUGUAAACUGAGGGUGAACUGAGUGCAAUGCUUAGCCCUUCACUCUCUCUCUCUCUCUCACUCACUCACUCACUAACUCACUCACGUAUUCCCACACAGGACUUCCGGGAGAAGAAUACGGACCACAUGCGUCCGGACAUCGUGGCCCUGCUGAAGAGCAGUAAGAACGCCUUCAUCUGUGGCCUGAUGGGCAUCGACCCCCCAGCCACCUUCCGCUGGGCCGUCCUCAGAGCUUACUUCAGGGCCAUGGUGGCCUUCAGGGAGGCUGGGAAGAGACACGUACACAGGAAGAGUGGUGAGUGUGCUGCACACUGUAGACUUUUUUCCUGAGUCCUUUUCCCCCUUUAGGCUCCUGAGUCCUUUCCCCCCUUUAGGCUCCUGAGUCCUUUCCCCCCUUUAGGCUCCUGAGUCCUUUUCCCCCUUUAGGCUCCUGAGUCCUUUUCCCCCUUUAGGCUCCUGAGUCCUUUUCCCCCUUUAGGCUCCUGAGUCCUUUUCCCCCUUUAGGCUCCUGAGUCCUUUUCCCCCUUUAGGCUCCUGAGUCCUUUUCCCCCUUUAGGCUCCUGAGUCCUUUUCCCCCUUUAGGCUCCUGAGUCCUUUUCCCCCUUUAGGCUCCUGAGUCCUUUUCCCCAUUUAGGCUCCUGAGUCCUUUUCCCCCUUUAGGCUCCUGAGUCCUUUUCCCCCUUUAGGCUCCUGAGUCCUUUUCCCCCUUUAGGCUCCUGAGUCCUUUUCCCCCUUUAGGCUCCUGAGUCCUUUUCCCCCUUUAGGCUCCUGAGUCCUUUUCCCCCUUUAGGCUCCUGAGUCCUUUUCCCCCUUUAGGCUCCUGAGUCCUUUUCCCCCUUUAGGCUCCUGAGUCCUUUUCCCCCUUUAGGCUCCUGAGUCCUUUUCCCCCUUUAGGCUCCUGAGUCCUUUUCCCCCUUUAGGCUCCUGAGUCCUUUUCCCCCUUUAGGCUCCUGAGUCCUUUUCCCCCUUUAGGCUCCUGAGUCCUUUCCCCCCUUUAGGCUCCUGAGUCCUUUUCCCCCCUUUAGGCUCCUGAGUCCUUUCCCCCUUUAGGCUCCUGAGUCCUUUUCCCCCUUUAGGCUCCUGAGUCCUUUUCCCCCUUUAGGCUCCUGAGUCCUUUUCCCCCCUUUAGGCUCCUGAGUCCUUUUCCCCCUUUAGGCUCCUGAGUCCUUUUCCCCCUUUAGGCUCCUGAGUCCUUUUCCCCCUUUAGGCUCCUGAGUCCUUUUCCCCCUUUAGGCUCCUGAGUCCUUUUCCCCCUUUAGGCUCCUGAGUCCUUUUCCCCCUUUAGGCUCCUGAGUCCUUUUCCCCUUUAGGCUCCUGAGUCCUUUUCCCCCUUUAGGCUCCUGAGUCCUUUUCCCCCUUUAGGCUCCUGAGUCCUUUUCCCCCUUUAGGCUCCUGAGUCCUUUUCCCCCUUUAGGCUCCUGAGUCCUUUUCCCCCUUUAGGCUCCUGAGUCCUUUCCCCCCUUUAGGCUCAUUUAAAGGAACAUAAAAAAAAAUCAACUUCAUAUUCAUCAUCUCCAGCACUACCCAAACAUCAACAUAUGUGAAAAUGGCGCAUUACCCCUCCUCUCAUGGACAACAUUUAGAGGGAGAUAAGUGUUUUCAAUGACAUCAUUGCUGUGCAUCGUGAUUUUAACCAAUUAUGAGUAGGCAUUGCAUACUAAUCGUCUACUAAUUGGUUGAUGUUAUUUUCAAUCAUGCAUUAGUAGGCAACACAGAACGCACCAUUUACACAUACAUUGAUGUUGAGGUGGUGCUGGAGAUGAUGAAUAUGAAGUUGAAACAUUUUGAAAUGUCCCUUUAAUUCAAGUACACCAGUCAUUAGGCAUACAAAUGAUGUAGCUAUACGGUUGUGUCCCAUACCUCCGUCUAUGUGUUUGUAUACUGUAGUGUGUGUGUGGACCCCAGUGCAGCCAGGGCACAGAUGUGUCCUCUCCUAACUCCUGUUUGUUUGGACUACUCAUUAGUUAGUGGUGUUGCCUAGUGCUGUAGUCUGGUCCUGCAUUCAGUACUUUUCUGUUAGCUCUCCGCUUUAUUAUGACUGCCUUCUGUCCUUCAACCCUUUAGUCUACAGUGGUGCCUUCUGUCCCUCAACCCUUGUCCCUCAACCCUUUAGUCUACAGUGGUGCCUUCUGUCCCUCAACCCUUUAGUCUACAGUGGUGCCUUCUGUCCCUCAACCCUUUAGUCUACAGUGGUGCCUUCUGUCCCUCAACCCUUCAGUCUACACUGCUGCUACCUCUUGUCUCCCUGCACUGAACAUAGACACAUUGACAUUGUGAUUCAGCUUUAUGCACUGUACACUCCUAGAUAGACAACUAUAGCCUUUAUGAUUCCUAAACACACUUUCACAUAGUAUAGCUCCCCACUUCCAUGCUGACAAAGCAGUAAAGACAUUGAUUCAUUUCCUUAUGUGUGAGCAUCAAUACCAACUGCUGGGGCCCAAUACCAAUUGACGGAAAUGUGUGUCAGAUAACUGACUCAAUGUUCAAAUUCUUGAUUACGCAUUCAGAAAUGUGCUCACGCCAAAUUUAAACGUAACACUGUCAAAGGGACAUGGAGUUAUGAAUUUGAAAACGGAUCACUGGCGACGUCACGAUCUCCUAAAGCUGACGACGUGUGAAGGAGGGGAAAUAGCCUGCGGGUUAACUCUGUCACCGUUAAGUCAAACUCACACCUGGUAGAACCACAACGGAUCCCACCUCUGACACCGGCUGCAGUUUGAAUGUAGUGUACAUCCUCUCUCCUGAACGUCUGGCAGGUGUCUCUCUCAUAGUCUGCUGCUCUUCACUCUUCCUCUGUCUAAUUUGUCUUUUCUCUCACUUUGUUCUUCUUUUGUUUUUGUUUCCUUCUGGUUUGUUUUGCUUCCCAAAGGGCAUGAUGCCGCUGCUCCCUGUGCAGUUUUGUGCAGUGUGGAUAGUUUUAGCUUUCUGCAUCACCCUGUGCAUCAGAGAAGUUUAGAGAUCCUGCAGAGGUGCAAAGAGGAGAAGUACAGUAAGACUGCAUUUCCCACAAUACCCCUCUCUCCUCACUUUCAUGCAACGGUGAGGGGAAACCGUAGGGGUGAGGCAGACCAACAGCAUCAGACCAGAUACCCUUUUUUUUUGUAAAUAAACAUUGUGAUCGAGUUGAAUUAUAAUGUUCUUUAGAUAUCAUUUUUGUGGGGGGGUGGGACCAAUUUAAAACCCCAAGAUCUCUUGUUAACUCUACAUUAAACUCUGUAGUUUAGUUCCAGAGCAUUAGUCAUCCACCUGUACGUUUUGUCUAGAUGUUUACUAGGUGAACCAAGAAGGCAUAAUGUUUCUAUUCAUCCUUCCUUUAAAUUAGAUGCUUGUUGGUCUCCUCUCCCUCUACACCUCUCCCCCUCCCCCAAUCUCUGCAUGUACCUGUAUGUGUCUUAACAGCCAGUGUUGCAUGUGAUCUAGUAUGUGCCUAUGCUAGUCUCUCCCCCCCCCCCCCCCCCUUCUCACUAACUCUGUGAUUGUGGGUGCGACCCAGCACUGAACGGUCCUGUUAGCAUGGUGACAGGCACUCUAACCUCCUUUAAUCCACACUGUGGUCUGGGGUAAUGCACAGUAGCACCACUAUCACCAUCACCAUCAUAGACACAUGCAGUGUUGUCACCAUGUUGCCCUGGUGGCCCUGGCCUGUUACCCUGCCCUGGUACCUGCUAUGGGGCAGGGGGCGUAGAUCAGGGGUCAUCUCACUGGUCCACCAUGUCACUAGUCUGCACCCCCCCCCCCCCCCCCCUACAAAACACACACACCUCCACAUGAAGGCACUCAUUUGGGGUGGUGGUGGAGGAAUAGGGGAUUGUUAGAUCUACAACCAAUCCCAAUUCGCCCUCUAGCCUCCCCGCUAUGCAUGUUUUUAGAUCUGAAAGGAUUUGGCAGGUGUAAGAAAUAUAGAGAACUCCAUCCAGCCAAUCAGAGGGCAUGGUUGUGCUAUUACCAUAUUGUUUAUUGCUUAUCCUUAUCCUAUUACCAUAUUCCAAUCAUCUCAGAUCUACCCACAGGUAGGGUCUAGGGGACGAUCUGGAAGGGUAUGGUUUCCAUGUAGGGGAUGGGGGUUGGGUUGGAGGGGUUUCCAUGUAGGGGAUGGGGGUUGGGUUGGAGGGGUUUCCAUGUAGGGGAUGGGGGUUGGGUUGGAGGGGUUUCCAUGUAGGGGAUGGGGGUUGGGUUGGAGGGGUUUCCAUGUAGGGGAUGGGGGUUGGAGAGGUUUCCACCUUUCCCACCAUGUCUCCCUCAUGUAAAUCUAGCUAAGCUAUUCACACAGACACCAGUAAUAUCACUCUUCUAGUGUUCUAGAAAAAAAUAACACAUUCUUCAGGGUUUUUCAACAUCAAGUCCACACCAAGCACAGUUUUUAAGAGCUUGUACCCAACUGUUCAGUUUUUUUCUUCUCUUUUUGACCCUUCGACAGCGCAGGAUAUAGCAGAAAAUACUGAUGAUACUGAAAACGGUAUAGCAUACAGCCUUGAACCAGUCUGAAAUGAGUCGCUAGACUGUAGUUCACUUCAAAUCCCUGAUGGCAUGCUUUCUAGAUGCUCUGUUUUCUCUCACUGUGUCUGAUUGGAAGAGGUUUCACGACUUUAAGAUGGAAUGUUGGUGUAUGGAUUACAUCAUCUCCUCUGCCAACUGUCAUAAGCCAAUCAGAUUGAGGGAAACCUCACUGCUGCCAAAAACACAGCCAUUGGAGAUAUUGAAAAAUGCUUUCCUGACCAAACCGGUUUGCUUUCUCCAAUUGGAGGCCAACAAAUAUCUCACUCAAAUAGGUGCCUCUGAAUUGAGUGUAUGUAUAUUUUGGCUUCAGAGCUACAAUGGUUCAUUUAAAAUCCAGAAGCACCCAUUGUUCUUUUAAAUGCAACAAUUCAGCUCAAUUAUAUUUUGCAUAAAUAGGUUUUUGACCACAAAGUUAUAGAUUCUCCUCUAGGUCUUCAUGUAUAUCAUCAUACAAUUCUUCAUAGAAUAUCAUCUUCCGAGAAAAUAGAUGUUUCUUGGAAUAUCAGGAUGAUUCAUGAAUCAUGGGUUUAUAUAAACAUUUGGUUUCUGGGGAGUUAGAAUCGUGGUUCUUAGUGUUGGACCUUCCCAAUUAUAAAAGGCAUGUUUCCAAUAACUGUGUCUUUAACAGUGUCUGUCCAUACAGUGAACUAAAACCCUUGUUAAUCAUUAGUCCAAACUAAACUGAGUAACACUUCCAAAAUGGAUCUUCCAGACUUCUGUAAUUCUCACAAUCACUCUAACAACAGCACACAAACUUAACCCGAUUUAAAUCAGACAUUUGGAUUACAUUUUCCAGCGGGCAAAACUGGUUGAAAUGACAUCAUUACCACCAGAAACAGCCCAGUUUUGUCCACUUGGUUGGAACUGGUAUUGUCCUGGUGUCUGAGGUGGUUUAACAUUGGUCUGGGUUUGGCCUGGUCCAUCUGUGCGUGUCCUCUCACCUGGUUGUGUCCUCCUCCUCCUCCUCCUCCCCUGUCUCUCCCGGCUCAGGUGUGGUCAGGAAGAGUCUACGCACACCGCUGUCGGACCUGCAGGGCAGCAACACGCUCAACGAGAAAUCUCCACGGUAAGACCACCUGUGUACUGUAAGGUGUAUGCUGAGAUAUGUUGUAGCCCAGAGGUUAGCAACAUUGGACCAGUAACCGAAAAAUGAAUGGUUUGAAUCCCUGAGCCAACUAGGUGAAAAAUCUGUUGACGUGCCCUUGAGCAAGGCACUUAACCCUGAUUGCUCCUGUAAGACGCUCUGGAUAAGAGCGUUUGCUAAAUGACUUAAAUGUUGAUGAUUUUGAUUGGGAUUUAUUUUGCUUAUCUACACUCCGGAGUGUCCAGGGCAAUGACGCUCUCUAGUACAGAAGAGGAGGGUUGUUCAGCAAUGACGCUCUCUAGUACAGAAGAGGAGGGUUGUCCAGGGCAAUGACGCUCUCUAGUACAGAAGAGGAGGGUUGUCCAGGGCAAUGACGCUCUCUAGUACAGAAGAGGAGGGUUGUCCAGGGCAAUGACGCUCCUAGUACAGAAGAGGAGGGUUGUUCAGCAAUGACGCUCUCUAGUACAGAAGAGGAGGGUUGUUCAGCAAUGACGCUCCCUAGUACAGAAGAGGAGGGUUGUUCUGCAAAGGGUUGGAGAAAAGGCUGACAAAGCUUUACAAGAAUGAAUAAUGACUGUGCACUGACCCACUUUACACCCUCCACUGCCCUCUAGACCCCAUACCCCCUAAUUAACCCCAUAACACCCUCCACUGCCCCUAGAGCCCCAUACCCCCUAAUUAACCCCAUAACACCCUCCACUGCCCCUAGAACCCCAUACCCCCUAAUUAACCCCAUAACACCCUCCACUGCCCCUAGAGCCCCAUACCCCUAAUUAACCCCAAUAACACCCUCCACUGCCCCCUAGAAACACCCCCUAAUUACCCCAUAACACCCUCCACUGCCCAACACCCCCAUACCCCCUAAACACCCAUACACCCUCCACUGCCCCUAGAACCCCAUACCCCUAAUUAACCCCAUAACACCCUCCACUGCCCUAGAGCCCCAUCACCCCUAAUUAACCCCAUAACACCCUCCACUGCCCCUAGAGCCCCAGACCCCCUAUUAACCCCAUAACAACCCUCCCACUGCCCCCUAGAGCCCCAUCUUACCCCUAAUUAACCCAAUAACACCCUCCACUGCCCCCUAGAAACCCCAUACCCCCGAAACCCCCAUAACACCCUCCACUGACCCCUAGAACCCACAUUACCCCCAUAAUUAACCACACAUAACACCCUCCCAACUGCCUCCUAGAGCCCCAUACCCCCUAAUUAACCCCCAUAACACCUCCACUGCCCUCUAGAACCCCAUACCCCUAUUAACCCCCAUAACACACCCUCCACUGCCUCCUAGAGCCCCAUACCCCCUAAUUAACCCCAUAACACCCUCCACUGCCCUCUAGAACCCCAUACCCCCUAAUUAACCCCAUAACACCCUCCACUGCCCCUAGAACCCCAUACCCCUAAUUAACCCCAUAACACCCUCCACUGCCCCCUAGAGCCCCAUACCCCCUAAUUAACCCCAUAACACCCUCCACUGCCCCUAGAGCCCCAUACCCCCUAAUUAACCCCAUAACCCUCCACUGCCUCCAUAGCCCCAUACCCCCUAAUUAACCCAUACACCUCCAUGCCCUCUAGAACCCCUACCCCUAAUACCUAAACCUCCACUGCCCCUAGAGCCCCAUACCCCCUAAUUAACCCCAUAACACCCUCCACUGCCCCUAGAGCCCCAUACCCCCUAAUUAACCCCAUAACACCCUCCACUGCCCCUAGAACCCCAUACCCCCUAAUUAACCCCAUAACACCCUCCACUGCCCUCUAGAACCCCAUACCCCCUAAUUAACCCCAUAACACCCUCCACUGCCCCCUAGAGCCCCAUACCCCCUAAUUAAACCCCUAUAAACACCUCGCACUGGCCCCCUAGAGCCCCAUACCACCUAAAUAACCCCAUAAACCCACUCCCUCCACUCCAUCCUAGAGCCCCAUACCCCCUAAUUAACCCCAUAACACCCUCCACUGCCUCCUAGACCCCCAUAAUCCAUAAUUAACCCCAUAGCAUGACAUUACUGCCCCCGUACACAGCAAGUGGCAAAAGACCACCCUUACAACAGUGCUUUUGUUACAAGGAGUCAAGUCUUGGACUGUUAAAGUCCUCUUAAUGUGAUUUUAGGAGGAGACACACACAGACAGACACACACACACACACACAGAGACUCAUGGUUACUAAGUUAGUGCUAAAGCCCACAUGCAGCUGCUUCCUGCGUGAUGUCAGGUCAGAGUUAUGUGUUUCAGGAGACGACCCAGGGACGGAUAAAUACUGGCUCUCGGCAGGGGUCUUCUCAGAUGAACGCUACAGUGGACAGUACAGUACUGUCUGGGAUCCAGAGGUGUACUCUGAAAACAAACAUAUUCUGUAGCCAUUCCUCCUUGUGGCAUACACAGCAUUAGAGUAACAUUGUUUUAAAGGGACAAGUCUCCAUAUUUCAGAAAUGAAACAUUUCUUACUCAUUUUCAUAUUUAUAGGAUUAGUCUCAAAUGUGGUCUGGGAGGAAACCUAAUUUAUUUCCACCAGGGCAUUUUGUUUAUAUUGCUUUAGUGAUAUAAUUUAUAUUCCCUAGGCAACGGAGUUAUAGGUCUCCAGUUUAAAUCAUCCAAACUUAUUGGGAGGCCUGUUUAAAUUGUAAAUAUAUCUCACCACUGGGGUUCGGGAUUUACUCUGUUCUUUAUAUGAAUCUUGGACCUGAUUACUUCCUGUAGCUUGGCUAAAGUAGGUCUUUAGGGUCUCUUCCAUGACCUCUAUGGAGAGAAAUCUAAACAGGUCCAGCUAAGACAAAACCAAGAGACGCAGCCAUUUACGCCCAGAGUCUAUUUUCAACCUGUCUCCACUGUCCAAACUAUUCUUGGCUGUGAAUGCACAAAACAGAGCAAAAUAUGUUUGAAAUGUAAGCCAUGUUUUUUCCCCAUCGGUUUAACCACAAAAGAAAAUAUUGCAAAAACCAUGGGAUCCUAGAUUGGGUCGUAAAAACAAAACACUUUGAGACCUCAGUGUUGUUUUACUAUGACUGCCUCUUCUUGGGCAAAUAAAUACUUUGGUGUUUAUUGUUUUUUAUACCAAUAAAACCCUAAGACAAUGAGUAACCAUUUUAGUUUGGGUGCCAACAUCAAAAAGUACAAUCCGAAGACGAAUGGCUUGCUGUAAGUCUUCACCUGUUUGCCUUGUCUUGCACUUGUCACCCAUGACGCCUCCCCAUGGACCCGUGUCUAACCUCUGACCCCGUCCCGCUUGUAGGAAAGACGGAGCCCCCCCAUUAGUAACAUUCUAUAUGUUCUAUGUGUACUCCCACGUGGAUACCGUGUUUAACGUGUCGCUGUGUGUGGCCACAGACCCAGUAGGAAGUGGCGUAUAAAUCAUUAGGAGUCAGAGUGUGAAAACAAACCUCCCUCCCCGGCUGCUACGAUGGCUUGCUGGGUGGAAUCCAUGAUGGAUCGCCUUCUCCUCCCAAGUCCUGAUGGCUUGCUGGGUGGAAUCCAUGAUGGAUCGUCUUCUACUCCCCAGUGCUGAUGGCUUGCCGGGUGGAAUCCAUGAUGGAUAGCCUUCACCUCCCCAGUCCUGAUGGCUUGCCGGGUGGAAUCCAUGAUGGAUCGCCUUCUCCUCCCAGGUCCUGAUGGCUUGCCAGGUGGAAUCCAUGAUGGAUCGCCUUCUCCUCCCAGGUCCUGAUGGCUUGCCGGGUGGAAUCCAUGAUGGAUCGCCUUCUCCUCCCCAGUCCUGAUGCAGUAUACUAUCAGGGCUAAAGGGGUUUGGUGUUGGGAGGUUUGGUGUUGGGAGGUUUGGUGUUGGGAGGUUUGGUGUUGGGAGGUUUGGUGUUGGGAGGUUUGGUGUUGGGUUUAGGUGUUGACCGUUAACCGACCCAAGCCGCUGUGUUGAUAGAAAAACCUGCUGUUUGUUCAGGCGCUUGGCUGGGAUGACCAGAGUUUACCUUGAGGCCUGAGGCUUUACACUGCAGAACCCAGGGCUAGGAUAGCAUAUCCCAUUUGUAGUGGUGCUUAACAUGGAAAAGCCCCUUUCUGCAGGACAUAAAAUACAGUCAAAUGUUGGUCAAACAUUUUCUUAUUUAAGCUUUUUCCUAGUUGUCCAGCUAAAAUGAAAUCUCUAUAUUUCCUAAAGGCAUAUUUUUAACUGUGGAUCAUUUUGAAACGGAUCUGUGUGUGUUCCUAACCAGGGAGGGUGUGAGCUGGGAUGGGCGUGGCGGGUGGCAGGGCCGCCUGUCAUCCAGCGGGUCCAACACAGAAGAGGACGGAGGAAUCUUUGUGAACUCCACCAGCAGCAAGCUCCUGGAGAGAGCCCACGGCAUCCUCAUGUGAGUGACUCAACAUCUUUGUUUAACACCGGUCAUCCACCCACCCACCCACGCACCACCACUACUCCUUAAAUUACUCUCGGCACUGACUGUUUCUGUCUCAAACCUCCUACACCACUCCUUAAAUUACUCUCGGCACUGACUGUUUGUCUCAAACCCCCUGCAACACUCCUCUUUAAGCCUUUUAUUGGCCUGGUAGAGAAGACACAAUGUAGAUAUUCAUAAUGUAGAUAUUCUUAUGUCCCUAAAACCAUCUGCUCUCUUUUACCAGGAGAAACAAAAACUACAAAUCAAAGCCCAGUCUUCCAAAGGUAAGCCACCUUGUUAAGCCACCUUGUCUUUAAACCUCUAGUGAUAAUACUAGUGCUGGAUCUUACUGGUCGUGUGUUCUUCCCUUUUACCACAGCACUUGCUUGAUGUCAAGUCCCUCAAGUACCUCAGCAACCUGACGCUGCACGACCGCAUCACCAAGUCCCUCCUCCACCUCCACAAGAAGAAGAAACCACCCAGCAUCAGCGCUCAGUUCCAGGUCAGUCCCCCUUAGGCACAGAUCUAGGAUCAGUGUAUCUCUCCCAAAUCAUGCCCUUAACUAUUAGGGUCGAGGGUGUCAAACUUAUUUCCUGGCGGGCCAUGUGUCUGCUGGUUUUUGCUCUAUCUUUUCAAUUAAUGUCCAAUUACCUUGAACAUGACCAACAUCCUAAUUACGUGACCUAUUGAUCACUGUCAGCUGACGCCCCGACCACCUGUCCUGGGACUGAGUAUGUGUUUAGGGAACUCAGGUGUGUGUCUCCUCUAUUAUCUGCCUGUGUAUGGAAGUUGCCUGCCUGCUGCCUGGCUGUCAGUGUCUGUUUCUCUGUCGGUGCUGUCUGUCUGCUGUGUACCUGCCUUGUCUGCCUGCCUGCCUGUCUGCCUGUCUGCUGUCUGUCUGUCUGAUCCUGUGACGUCUUUUUCUUUUUGUCAUCCCACCCAAAAGACAACGAUGACAUCAUGUCUGGGUGGAAAAAAAUAACUAUUUCAUAAAACAUCUCUUGCCCAGAACAUUCCCAUUUCUCUGUCACUUUGGAAAUUAGUGUGAUCCCUGAUGAUGAAUUUUAAGCUCAGUUGAGCAGAUUUGACCGUGUCAAAAAGAGAAGAAUAAAACCCCAAAAUCCUACUUUUAAAUUAAAGCGAUUCUCCAGUACUUUUUUAUACUUUUUAGCCAGUAGUUCUGAAAGUAGUGGUCACACGCCCUGCUGUGUGUUCAUCAUGUGCAUCUUGCUAGCUGUCUCUCAUAUGGCGAGGGGCUGAAGCUCAUUGGUUGAACUCAAAUUGCUAGGGGGCUGGACCACGUUGGGGAAAAUGUAGGGAAAAUGGCGCAGCACACCUUCCAGAAAAACAGUUGCUUUCAAACUAGGUUUAAAAAAAUACUUAGUAGUCGCCAAAGUUCCGGAGCAUGUCUUUAAUAUAAUAAAGGUGAUACUUAAAGAUGGAAGUCCCCAGCUUAUCUAAGACCAGCUGAGUAGGCUGAUGAGACAGAGGGGGACGUUGUCAACUCAUCUCAGUUAUGAUCAUCCCUUUAUCACAGCCGUAAUCAUCUCUCCCUCCUACCAGCUUGUCUUUCUUAACUCCUCUGUUGUGUCUUUACUCAUGCCUGGCUGUCUCUAUUGCUCUUGGCUCACAGAGGGUGAGGGUGAGUCCCAAAUGGCACCCCAUUCCCUACAUAGUGCACUAGUUUUGACCAGGGCCUGGAGUGGGGGAGUGGGGGGGGCAUUUGGGACGCGGUAUGAGUGUAAAGAGGCGUGACCGCCCCCACAACAACAAUCCCCUAUCCCCCAGCCCUGGCCUGUACUCUAACCCUCUCUGGCUGGCAGGAAGCCUGGCUGUACUCUAACCCCCUCUGGCUGGCAGGAAGCCUGGGCAGAAGGCAGGGAGUGGUGACAUCACUUCCCACAUCCUGUUGUGUGGCUGAUUGCUUUCAUCUUCUGAGCGGAGUGGGGGGAACUGCAUUCCUGGCCACCGAAAUAGCCACACACACACCCACACUCUCAUACACACACAUGCAUACAAACAUAUACUUACACACACAUGCAUACAUGUGUGUGCAGCCGUCUAAGGCACUGCAUCUCAGUGCUUGAGGCGUCACUACAGACCCCCUGGUUCGAUUCCAGGCUGUAUCACAACCGGCCGUGAUUGGGAGUCCCAUAGGGCGGCGCACAAUUGGCCCGGCGUCGUCCGGGUUUGGCCGGUGUAGGCCGUCAUUGUAAAUAAGAAUUUGUUCUUAACUGACUUGCCUACUUAAAUAAAUGUUAAAUAAAAUUAAAAAAAUACACACUCUCAUACACACAUAUACAUACACACACACUCAUACACUGCUUUCAUCUUCUGAGCGGAGUGGGGGGAACUGCAUUCCUGGCCACCGAAAUAGCCACUCCCACACCCACACUCUCAUACACACAUAUACAUACACACACUCUCAUACACACACAUGCAUACACACACUCUCAUACACACACAUGCAUACACACACAUUCCCUCACUUUCUCUCUCUCUCACACACGCGCACACACACACACACAGUUUUGGAAUGUUAUGGCAUCAGGUGGACCUUACCCAGUGUCUGUUUGUUGUUGUCCGGAGGAAGAGAACCCAGGAGGACCUGUCUCCCUCCUCACCCCAACCCUCCAUGCUACAGCAGCUAACCACACGCUAGCCUAUUAUCCUAGACCGUCUUUUAUUAUGUGGCAAAAAAGGGUUAUAAAGACAGGACAACAAUUAUUCACACCAGACAAAACCACUCCUCCCUGCUAUAAAACCAACAAAGCCAAUGUGCCGUGUAUUAUUUCUGUCUGACAAAGGUUGUAUAUAUGUUUAUAUGAUGUUUAAUAUGGUUUUGGUGAUGUCAAUACCUGGGAUGUAUUCACUAGGAACCAAACAGAACCAAACGGAAGCAAACGAAACAGGGACGGGCCUACCUGAAUUUGUCCAAUAGAAACUCUUGUUUUCGUAGCGAAACGUUUUCCGUUUGGAGUAAACAGGUUUUUUUUUGCUAAACGUUUUGGACUAAUGAUGACACCCCUGAUCUGUCCUACCACAGGCCUCUCUCAAUAAGCUGAUGGAGACUCUGGGCCAAUCAGAACCCUACUUUGUCAAAUGCAUCCGUUCCAAUGCAGAGAAGCUGCCCCUGCGCUUCAACGAUGGCCUGGUACUCAGGCAGCUACGCUACACAGGUAUGCUGGAGACCGUGCGCAUCCGCCAGUCAGGCUACUGCAUCAAGCACACCUUCCAGGUAAGCCGUUUUAGACAGAUGCACAGACGCGUAUGCAAACUCACACACACACACACAUAUACAUGCACACACACUCUCAUCCCAUAUUUACCCCAUCUACAAGUCUGUCUCACAUCGUAGACAUUAGUCAGUGUUAAUCUGCCUGUCUUCUCUCCUGGAAGCACUCACAUCGUAGACAUUAGUCAGUGUUAAUCUGCCUGACGCAAUUUCCUCUGUUCCUCAGUAACCUCAGUCAUCUGUUCCUCAGUAACCCGGAGUUCUUGUUCUCAGAACCUCGGAGUCAAGUCUUUCCUCAGUUCGGACUGUCUGUAACCUCGGGUGAUUGUCCUCAUAACUCGGAGUCAAGUCUCGUUCUCAGUGGAGUCCUCGUUCUCAUAACCCGAGUCAAGUCUCUGUGAACCUCAGCAUGUUUCCUCUUUAUUGUUCCGUUGCAGGGUGAUGGACAUUGUAUCAAAUGUCGUGCUGUCUGCUGUAUCUGUUUGUGUAAGAAAUUAUUUACUAGCGAUUGAAGUGGCUGCCAUAUUGUCUCCAAGACUUCAUAAGUAUGAUGUUGUUUGUAUGAUAGUAUUGUGGGACUAUUAGGACAGUGCUCUUAAGUUAGGUGUCAUUUGAAUAUGACUAGUUGGGUACAGUAGAUGUCACAAUAAUGUUAUGGAUUGUCUAGAGUCUAGCUCGUUACUGUACUUUUAGCCAAUCCUUCAGUUUUAAAGUAGCGUCACCUUUAUUUUCGUAUAUUGCUUGUCCUGUAAGGAACCGUUGAACUAGUGUUUACAGCUGUGGAAGCCAAACAUUAGGUCACUGGGCGAAACCAUUGUGAUGGAACGUUUGUAAUACACAACCUUGACGAUGAAACGAGAUGGAAUGCCCCGCCCGUGACCUCAUUCUGCCGCUCAUGAACUUACUCACAACACUAGAUCGUUUUAGCCUCAGACUGACAUUCUCAUUGAUCUGAAUUCCCCUGAGAUAUUAGAGCUGCGGCCCUUCUGAAGACUGUCCUGAGAUCAGUGUGGAGAACAGGGCCUCUAUAGUCUGUAAUGAAACGCUUGGUCCUGUGGGGGUAAUUGUAUAAACACAGCAUCUGUUUCCCAGUCAGUCAGCCACACCCCUACUGCCUUCACCGGUUUCCCGGACUGCCAACUGUGUUGACAUCAGACAACGGGCCUCCGUUUGGGGGGGAGUGGGAUGGUGAAUAUUUUUUUGAUGAUGUUAGUUAGCCUCCCUGUAAAUAUCACCAUGGACUAUCCCUAAAACCACAUGUGCCCCGAACAGGACCUUGUCCCUGUGUCACUCCUGUAGAGUGAAGCUAAGAGAUGGUUCCUUUAGAGACUGGCUGGUGAUAUCACUUAGAGAUGCACAGCUCCAAUCCUCAGGAGCUGCAGUGUUUUGUGCUGCCUGCGACAGAUUCAGUGAGAGAAGCCCAGCCAAUCAGGUGAUCAGUACAGUGCCAUAUAGAAGAGUUAACCAGUAGAGACCGUUGCCGUUGAGUACUGUCCACCGACUCACACUUCUGAAAAUUGCCUCCUACAUUUAUUAUAACCGUUGUUUUUUUUUGUGUGUUUCUCCUUUUCCCUCUUCUUGCCUGGCAGGAUUUUGUCCGUCACUUCCGCGUGCUGCUACCCGAGGGCACCAGUGCCACCCAAGAGGGCAUCAGACAGUACCUAGGCCAGGUGGACCUUGCGCCCGAUGGAUACCAAGUUGGCAAAACCAUGGUACUAUUCACCCUACUGCCUGUCACUACAGUAGAUUAAAACCAUGGUACUAGUCACCCUACUGCCUGUCACUACAGUAGAUUAAAACCAUGGUACUAGUCACCCUACUGCCUGUCACUACAGUAGAUUAAAACCAUGGUACUAUUCACGCAGCUGCCUGUCACUACAGUAGAUUAAAACCAUGGUACUAGUCACCCUACUGCCGGUCACUACAGUAGAUUAAAACCAUGGUACUAGUCACCCUACUGCCUGUCACUACAGUAGAUUAAAACCAUGGUACUAGUCACCCUACUGCCUGUCACUACAGUAGAUUAAAACCAUGGUACUAUUCACCCAGCUGCCUGUCACUACAGUAGAUUAAAACCAUGGUACUAGUCACCCUACUGCCUGUCACUACAGUAGAUUAAAACCAUGGUACUAGUCACCCUACUGCCGGUCACUACAGUAGAUUAAAACCAUGGUACUAGUCACCCUACUGCCUGUCACUACAGUAGAUUAAAACCAUGGUACUAGUCACCCUACUGCCUGUCACUACAGUAGAUUAAAACCAUGGUACUAGUCACCCUACUGCCGGUCACUACAGUAGAUUAAAACCAUGGUACUAGUCACCCUACUGCCGGUCACUACAGUAGAUUAAAACCAUGUUACUAUUCACCCUACUGCCUGUCACUACAGUAGAUUAAAACCAUGGUACUAGUCACCCUACUGCCUGUCACUACAGUAGAUUAAAACCAUGGUACUAGUCACCCUACUGCCUGUCACUACAGUAGAUUAAAACAAAGAGGAGGGAUAAAAUUGAGACUUUUUAGUCAAGAUAUCAACAAUUGUAUCCAAUUGUCUUUGGUUUUCUGUAGUAUAUUGUACCCCCAUGGGGAUUUGCCAUAAGGCACUGAUCUGUUUUAUUUUACACAUUUAGACCAGUCUUAUAUAUAGAAAAGUGUGUGGUCAUACGCACAUCCUUAAAACACAGGUGCUGGGCUAAUGAACUAUACUAGAACAGAACAGACAGGCCUUGCGUUGUCCUCAUAGCUAGUGGAUAGUUGACCAUGAGUGGUAGUUGACCAUCAGUUUAUCAGUCUCCACGGGGGGGGGGGGGGGGGCUGGAGACUCAGCCCUGCUUUAGGUUAUUGAACUUUAUUUAAAUAUAGAAACAGGAACAUAAGGAGCAGUGACAAUAUAUUACUGUAGUCUUUCUGGGAGACAGGACGUAAUACACACACGCACUCUGAUAGAUGGGUCCAGAGCUAUUCCUUUGGUUUGAUGUGUCUAUAAUUAGUGGUCCAUACCUGAAAUUCUUGUGUCCCUGUGUCUGAUCAUCCAGGGAGGAGGAUGUCCAUACUUGAACAGUGUGCCCUUGUGUGUGUGUGUGUGAGUAUAUAUGUAUGUGUGUAUGAUGUGCCACUCAUUGUGUCCGCUGUCAGGUGUUCCUGCGUGAAGUGGAGCGUCAGCGGCUGCAGGCGUUGCUCCACAGGGAGGUCCUGGACCGUAUCGUCACGCUACAGCGCCGCUUCAGGGCCCUGCUGGAGAGGAAACACUUCAUCAGGAUGAGACUAGCUGCCACAACCAUCCAGGUAACCACCGUCCCCUUCUUAUAGCCUCAUCACCCCAGGGCCAGUGACCGGGUAAGCUUCAUCACCCCAGGGCCAGGGGGGGCAGGGGGGCACCAACCUGGUCCAUACAGGGUCUGCUACAGGCGUUGGUUCAUACAGUUGCAUGGUCCUGCUACAGGGGUAUGCAGGCUUUGGUUCAUUACAGUUGCAUGGUCCUGCUACAGGGGUAUGGGCUUUGGUUUCAUUACAGUUGCUGGUCCUGCUACAGGGGUAUGCAGGCUUUGGUUUCAUUACAGUUGCAUGGUCCUGCUACAGGGGUAUGCAGGCUUUGGUUUCAUUACAGUUGCAUGGUCCUGCUACAGGGGUAUGCAGGCUUUGGUUUCAUUACAGUUGCAUGGUCCUGCUACAGGGGUAUGCAGGCUUUGGUUUCAUUACAGUUGCAUGGUCCUGCUACAGGGGUAUGCAGGCUUUGGUUUCAUUACAGUUGCACGCAAUCAGGGUCUUGAUGAGUUGAUUAGUUGACUCAGGUGUGUUAGCGCUGGGCUGGUAGAAAGUCUGCACACCCUGUUCUGUGGCUCUCAGCACCAUAGUUGGUGAUAUUAACUGUGUAAAUGAUCUAUAGUAUAUCCAGGCUAUAGAUACAGUAGGUGUUUGUUUGUAAAUGUGAUAUUUAUUUAGUAUUUAGUAAAUAAUGCACAUAUCGGUGUUAUUCAACGGAGGUAGGAAUGCUUCUCAUCCCAAUGUUAUGUGUCAGUCCUUAUCUGUGCUAUCUUGCUCAGCCCGGUUUUGAUGGGCCACUAAAGAUAUGUAAUUGUAUGUGUUAUAGAGGGAUGUUUAGAUUCAGAGCCCUUUCAGUAAUCCUACAAUUAAUUUUUGUGGAGAAUUAUGUGAAUUAGCUCAACUAUUUGUCUUGACCGUUCCUCAACUUUGUUUUGGAUGUCAUUCAACUUUCACGAUCCCAAUCUAAGACUCAUACCAGAUAUUUGAUCCUAGUACUUAUGCAAUUGUUGAUUCAGUUACGUUACAGUAUCCAGCAGGAACCAAAACUAAGUCCUCUCAUAAACUGGGACAUUAUUGUACUAGAGAAGUUGGCUAUGAAUGGUACUGGAUAUAAUACACCUUAAGGAUAGGUACUUCGGGUUUGUCAGUUGGCCUUUUUUGCUUUAGAUCUUUGAGACCUUGGUGUAAUUUAGCCAAUCACUGAUAUUGAUCAACUAGCACAGUUGUUGAGGUGAUUAGUAGAGUCAGGUGUGGUACCUGGUUGGAAUCAAACCCUGCAAUACCUCUGGCACUCCAGGAUCAAGUCAAAGUUUAUUGGUCACGUACACAGUUUGACAGAUGUUAUAGCGAAUGCUUGUUUUACUAGCUCCUAACAGUGCAGCAAAAUUGUCAAACAAGUACACAAAUAAUAAUAAUCAAAAACUAAAAACAAGAAAUCAGGAAUGUCAGAACUAAUCCAGUUAACACUAUCAGUAAUCCAAAUGCAAUCAAUGUGUAUAUGCACCUACAAUAUCUACUUAAGAAUGAUAUGUACAGCAGUAGAUAUAUUACAGUGAGCCAUGUCAGGAAUCCAGUAUAUAGAUACGCGAUGGGAAUAAACAGUGUAACAAAAUGCAAUGUACUGUAUUAGAUAUAUUAGAAAGAGCUAUGUGAAGAAUACAGUAUAUGAAUACACAGUGUGAAAAACAGUAUAAAAUAAAAUACAAAAUAAACCAAAUGGAUCAGGGCAUCUACCCUUGUUAAUGUUCCCCUGCUACACCUCUCCCUUCCCUGCUUGGAGAGGGCCUCGUAUUAUAUCUGUUUACACUGUAACCGCCUAUUUGGUCCUUUGGAAAGAGACUCGGGUGUUUUGGUUUUGCCUAGUUGAAAAGAAAAAGAAAUCCAAUCAAUGGGUAGAAGUGUUAGUAGGCAGAGACUUAGGGAGAGCGCUAACAACAUUGAAAUAAACCCUCUAAUGGAAGUGUUGUGAUCAUGUUCCCAGAGCAGGAGAACAAAAGGUCUGUCAAACAGUUAAUGUAUUUAUUUAUCUCUGCUGAGACUGCCUUUGCUCUUUGUGUAGUCAGCCAAGUUUGGAUAGCUUUGUGUCCUGUUUUGACAACAUUUUCCCUGACUAUACCCAAAAUUAUUUUAUUCAGUAGUGCCCAAUCCCAGCUCCCCCUAGGCUCCUCACCCCCCAGGCCCUCCUAACCCCCCAGGCCCUCCUAACCCCCCAGGCCCUCCUAACCCCCCAGGCCCUCCUAACCUCUAUGCACUUGUGGAAAUCUGAGAGAAUUGGAUAGGUGUAAGCAACAUGGUAAUAGCUCCACCUUGAUUUCUGAUUGGCUUGAUGGAAUUUUUGCCAAUUUGCCUAUACUGUACCUAUCAGAUCUCCACAAGUGCAUAGGGGGGUGAUUUUUGGAUUGGACGUUGCUAUAGAUGGAUGGACUCAAAUCCAAGAAACUUAACAAAUUCCAUCAUACUAUAAAUGCGGUAACAUCCACAGCGCUGAUCUCACCUGCUUUUCCCUCACACAGCAAUGGUGGCGUGCCUACCUGUCCAAGCAGGAAGAUGACUACGACCCCAGCAUCCAGGAGGAGGCGGCUUUGUGCCUCCAGACCGCCUGGCGGGGAUACAAGGAGCGCCGGAGGUUCGGGCUGUGGCGGGAGGCGGCCCUGCUGCUGCAGAGGGAGUGGAGGGCGUGGCUGAAGCGGAGAGAACGGGAGGGGGCAGCACUCGCCAUCCAGACGGCCUGGCGCUGCCACAUGGCCAGAGACGCCUACCUGCGACUGCGUGGCACCACGGUGCUGCUACAGGCAGCGGGGAAAGGAUACCUGGCCAGACAGAGGUAAACUAAUGUUAAGUGUUGUAGAACGUUUCUUAGAGCAGACGUGGUUCUCCACAUGACAUGAGAGUGAAUAGUCUGUUCUACACUUUGUCUGUUCUACAAAUGCAUUUCUAUCUGCAGCUGAGCUUUCAAAACGUUAUGCUUCAUUACUGUUUCUGGAUACUUUUGCAUGAUCAUGGAAAUCAAUAUGAAAUGCCAUGGAAAAUUUUAUGAAGGCAGUGUUGCCACAGAAGACCAUCUGAACUUCCAUGCUACCAUCAUUUCAACCAUCAUUUCAACUCAAACAUUCUUGCAACGAGAUUAGAAAUUGCUGCAAAGUUCAUUCACUGUACUUAUUGGUCAUAAUUCUAUAUCCAAUCCCCCUCCACGCCCAGUCGUAACUGGUGACGUGCCCGUAUUCAUGGCCUGCCAGCUGAAAAAUCUCCUGUUCAGAUAAUGUGGUUACAUAAACACCCAGAACAAAGUAGCAACAGUCAGCUGAGCUGGAGGAGGACAUUCUCCCGUAAGGCUGCCACUUUGAGUUGACACAUUCAACAGGAAGAGACUGUUAUAUGUUUUUAAGUGUCUAGUUAAGUGUUUAACUGUCUUGUCAAGGAACAAGGAAGUAAGACUCAUUGAAGGUGUGGUGUUGCCUUGUGAUUGGUUUAGCUGUAACCAUGCCUCCUUGAUUGACAGCUUCGGGCAGCUGAAGGAGCAGAGACUGAGAGAGAAGGAGCAGAGGCUGAGGGAGAGAGAGUGUCAACAACAGCAGCAGCUGCAGCAACAACAGCAGCAGCUGCUGCAGAAUGGACAGACUCGCCUCUCGCCAGAAGAAGAUGAUCAGCCAGUGAGGAUCAUGGGCCUGGACCUGAGCACAUGGGAGGACCGCUCAUACAAGGAGCGGGAGAGGAGCCUCCAGAGACUGAACAGCCAGGAGGAGAGGAGAAAAGAGGGAGGAGGUGAAGGAGGAGUGGCGAGGGCCGCAGAGAGCUCCGGUAGGGCCCAGUCUGAACCACCGCCAGUUUCGUCGACAGCUGCCACUGCCACGGUGGUGGUGAGAGAGAGGACCAGGACCCUGGACGAGCCCUGCCAGAGGACCACCAGGGCCAAGAGGGAGAGCCGGAGGAUGAGGGAGCUGGAGCAGGCCAAGUUCAGCCUGGAGCUGCUCAAGGUGCGGGCCACGGGCAGUGGUGGGGCCUCGUCCCCCUCUGAGGAGAGGCGCUGGUCGGCCGAGCUGGCCCCCGCCACCACCUCGCCUCUCCGCUCCCCCCAGGGGCCCGGAACCCCCGACAGCCAGAGCUCCAAGGGCAGCUUCGAGCUACUCAGCGUGGACGACGAGAUACUCAGGGAGAGGGCACCUUUGGCGGAUGCGGAGGAGCUUGGUUCCCCCCUCUCUUCUGAAGCGCCGAUGGAGCUGGAGCAGGCCCCAGAGGUCAUCCCCAUUAGCCCCAUGUCGAAGGAGCCUCCCAGGGCUUCUGUGUCCGAUGUCGCCUCCCCACCUCCAGACAGUCAGAGCCAGGCCAAGCCAGAACCGGCUGCCGUCUCUCCACCUCCGCCCAAGAUAGAGAACUACCUCCCUACCUUUUACGUCCCGUCAACUGAUGGCAGCUUGGUCAUCACCCGUCGUCCUGGCGUUGACCCCUCGCGACCCCUCGAGGAAGAUACCACCACCACUACCACUAGUACCACCAUCAUCACCAAGCCGCUCAAGUCAAUCAAACAAAGGCGGGAGUCGUCACGGCGACCCGUGGUGGUGGUCAUCAGCAUGCAGAAGGAAACCCCCCUGUAUCAGGAGGAGCUAGGUGGUGCUGUUGUUCAUCUUCCCCCUUGUAGAGGUUCAUGACGGGUCGGCACAAACCGGCGAAUCCCCUUCAUCGCCACGGCCAUCAGUUCCGGCGCCCGUUCAACCACUAGAUCCCGCCCCCGUCAUCCCCGUCCCGGCCGCCAACCAGCUGGUCCUGGAGAAGCUGGAGCGACUGAACGAGGAAAAGGAGGAGCGUCAGCGGCACCUGCAACAGCAGAACGAGCGGGAGAUGAUGGACCAGAUCCGACAGCAGAAGGAGGUUCUGGAGAGACAGCGCCGCCACUUCGCCCAGUACGAGAGGGAACUGUUGGAGAAGCAGAGGGGCGAGGCCCUGGUCAGGAUCCAGCAGAGCCGGCAGGGGGGGCCCCUCCAGGGAGGGCCCUCCCAAGACAGGAGUGCAACCGCAGCUACCUCGACCAGGCCCCUAAGACCCAGCUCCCUUCUCAUCGAGAGAGCCCCGGCUCUGGCUCCACCCUUCAAGACCAAGUCUGUGUCCGCUGCCCCUGCAGACCUCUCUCCUCCUGGGCCGAUGGACACCCAGAGUGUUCCCAAGCCCCAUCCUGAGCCCAACAAGGCCCAGCCCAAGGCCCAGCCCAACAAGACCCAGCCCAAGGCCCAGCCCAACCAGACCCAUCCCCAGGCCCGGCUCCCUCCACCUCCCUCAGUCCCCAAAGCAAAGACCAGGGAUGGGAGGCCCGUUGCGGACGGCUGGGCGCCGAAUUUGACCCUGGAGUCCAGAGAGGGCGGGGGAGGAGGAGCCAGAGGGAGGGUCCCCAAGAAGGCCCUGGCCAAUCAGGGCGCCAGUGUCAGCAUGACUGACAGGUCGGGGAACAUCUUCUUUGCGCCCAAAGACAGGGUGUCGUUCUCUAAGUGAGUAUUGAAUCCAGCUAUGGAGUUAUCAUGUACUGUAGGUACCUUAACCACUCAACUAGACAUUGAUACACAUUUAAUGGAGAGAUGGGAGAUUAUUCCUAAAAAUGUCUGUCAUAUACAGUGGGGAAAAAAAGUAUUUAGUCAGCCACCAAUUGUGCAAGUUCUCCCACUUAAAAAGAUGAGAGAGGCCUGUAAUUUUCAUCAUAGGUACACGUCAACUAUGACAGACAAAAUGAGAAAAAAAAAUCCAGAAAAUCACAUUGUAGGAUUUUUUAUGAAUUUAUUUGCAAAUUAUGGUGGAAAAUAAGUAUUUGGUCAAUAACAAAAGUUUCUCAAUACUUUGUUAUAUACCCUUUGUUGGCAAUGACACAGGUCAAACGUUUUCUGUAAGUCUUCACAAGGUUUUCACACACUGUUGCUGGUAUUUUGGCCCAUUCCUCCAUGCAGAUCUCUUCUAGAGCAGUGAUGUUUUGGGGCUGUCGCUGGGCAACACGGACUUUCAACUCCCUCCAAAGAUUUUCUAUGGGGUUGAGAUCUGGAGACUGGCUAGGCCACUCCAGGACCUUGAAAUGCUUUUUAUGAAGCCACUCCUUCAUUGCCCGGGCGGGGUGUUUGGGAUCAUUGUCAUGCUGAAAGACCCAGCCACGUUUCAUCUUCAAUGCCCUUGCUGAUGGAAGGAGGUUUUCACUCAAAAUCUCACGAUACAUGGCCCCAUUCAUUCUUUCCUUUACACGGAUCAGUCGUCCUGGUCCCUUUGCAGAAAAACAGCCCCAAAGCAUGAUGUUUCCACCCCCAUGCUUCACAGUAGGUAUGGUGUUCUUUGGAUGCAACUCAGCAUUCUUGGUCCUCCAAACACGACGAGUUGAGUUUUUACCAAAAAGUUAUGUUUUGGUUUCAUCUGACCAUAUGACAUUCUCCCAAUCCUCUUCUGGAUCAUCCAAAUGCACUCUAGCAAACUUCAGACGGGCCUGGACAUGUACUGGCUUAAGCAGGGGGACACGUCUUGCACUGCAGGAUUUGAGUCCCUGGCGGCGUAGUGUGUUACUGAUGGUAGGCUUUGUUACUUUGGUCCCAGCUCUCUGCAGGUCAUUCACUAGGUCCCCACGUGUGGUUCUGGGAUUUUUGCUCACCGUUCUUGUGAUCAUUUUGACCCCACGGGGUAAGAUCUUGCGUGGAGCACCAGAUCGAGGGAGAUUAUCAGUGGUCUUGUAUGUCUUCCAUUUCCUAAUAAUUGCUCCCACAGUUGAUUUCUUCAAACCAAGCUGCUUACCUAUUGCAGAUUCAGUCUUCCCAGCCUGGUGCAGGUCUACAAUUUAGUUUCUGGUGUCCUUUGACAGCUCUUUGGUCUUGGCCAUAGUGGAGUUUGGAGUGUGACUGUUUGAGGUUGUGGACAGGUGUCUUUUAUACUGAUAACAAGUUCAAACAGGUGCCAUUAAUACAGGUAACGAGUGGAGGACAGAGGAGCCUCUUAAAGAAGAAGUUACAGGUCUGUGAGAGCCAGAAAUCUUGCUUGUUUGUAGGUGACCAAAUACUUAUUUUCCACCAUAAUUUGCAAAUAAAUUCAUAAAAAAUCCUACAAUGUGAUUUUCUGGAUUUUUUUUCCUCAAUUUGUCUGUCAUAGUUGACGUGUACCUAUGAUGAAAAUUACAGGCCUCUCUCAUCUUUUUAAGUGGGAGAACUUGCACACAUUAGCCCCAUGUCGAAGGAGCCUCCCAGGGCCUCUGUGUCCGAUGUCGCCUCCCCACCUCCAGACAGUCAGAGCCAGGCCAAGCCAGAACCGGCUGCCGUCUCUCCACCUCCGCCCAAGAUAGAGAACUACCUCCCUACCUUUUACGUCCCGUCAACUGAUGGCAGCUUGGUCAUCACCCGUCGUCCUGGCAUUGACCCCUCGCGACCCCUCGAGGAAGAUACCACCACCACUACCACUAGGACCACCAUCAUCACCAAGCCGCUCAAGUCAAUCAAACAAAGGCGGGAGUCGUCACGGCGACCCGUGGUGGUGGUCAUCAGCAUGCAGAAGGAAUCCCCCCUGUAUCAGGAGGAGCUAGGUGGUGCUGUUGUUCAUCUUCCCCCUGUAGAGGUUCAUGACGGGUCGGCACAAACCGGCGAAUCCCCUUCAUCGCCACGGCCAUCAGUUCCGGCGCCCGUUCAACCACUAGAUCCCGCCCCCGUCAUCCCCGUCCCGGCCGCCAACCAGCUGGUCCUGGAGAAGCUGGAGCGACUGAACGAGGAAAAGGAGGAGCGUCAGCGGCACCUGCAACAGCAGAACGAGCGGGAGAUGAUGGACCAGAUCCGACAGCAGAAGGAGGUUCUGGAGAGACAGCGCCGCCACUUCGCCCAGUACGAGAGAGAACUGUUAGAGAAGCAGAGGGGCGAGGCCCUGGUCAGGAUCCAGCAGAGCCGGCAGGGGGGGCCCCUCCAGGGAGGGCCCUCCCAAGACAGGAGUGCAACCGCAGCUACCUCAACCAGGCCCCUAAGACCCAGUUCCCUUCUCAUCGAGAGAGCCCCGGAUCUGGCUCCACCCUUCAAGACCAAGUCUGUGUCCGCUGCCCCUGCAGACCUCUCUCCUCCUGGGCCGAUGGACACCCAGAGUGUUCCCAAGCCCCAUCCUGAGCCCAACAAGGCCCAGCCCAACAAGGCCCAGCCCAAGGCCCAGCCCAACCAGCCCCAUCCCCAGGCCCGGCUCCCUCCACCUCCCUCAGUCCCCAAAGCAAAGACCAGGGAUGGGAGGCCCGUUGCGGACGGCUGGGCGCCGAAUUUGACCCUGGAGUCCAGAGAGGGCGAGGGAGGAGGAGCCAGAGGGAGGGUCCCCAAGAAGGCCCCGGCCAAUCAGGGCACCAGUGUCAGCAUGACUGACAGGUCGGGGAACAUCUUCUUUGCGCCCAGAGACAGGGUGUCGUUCUCUAAGUGAGUAUUGAAUCCAGCUAUGGAGUUAUCAUGUACUGUAGGUACCUUAACCACUCAACUAGACAUUGAUACACAUUUAAUGGAGAGAUGGGAGAUUAUUCCUAAAAAUGUCUGUCAUAUAUAAUUCUUAACCUCUGAAAAGAAACAAAGAGACGUAAUAGAUGCAUAGUACACAUAAAGGUUAUUUAAAUAAAUAAAAACAUGAGCAAAAUAGGUGUUGCUUGGGAAUUAAUGGGUUUGGAAUAAUGAUUUACUAUUUCACAGAUAAACUUAAAGGUGCAAUAUGCAGAAAUCGCUCCACCAUUUCCUGGUUGCUAAAAUUCUAAUAGUUCGCCUAAUUUCAGUUUAUGACAAAACAAGAACUCAGAGUGUAGAGAAUCAUUGUACCAUCUAAACCGCUGUGAAAUAUAUCUUCCAUAACCAAAAAUAUUGUAUUUUCAGCUCUUUGAAGCUGGUGUACAAAACCGAAAGUAAAAGAUGCAAUAUGAAACUUAAGAGCAGGAAGCAUAGAAAUAGCGCACAUAGAACAUAUCUACCGCUUCUUAGACUUGCUUUCAAUGAGAAUGACAGAUCUAUAAUUCACCUUUCUAUGUGAAGUUGGUCGGGUCGCCCAAAAAGUUACAUAUUGCAACUUUAACCCCAUCUUCAUUCCCUUACUCAAUGACUCGAUGUGUUUUAGGUUUGACAAGGACAAGCCUGUCAAUCAAGAGAAGGCUGUAGCAGUCCCAAAGGAGGACCCCUCCUCAAGCUCCAAGCCCUCGAUAGGACUGAAAACACAGGAGGUUAGUGAAUAGCAGAACUGGUAGCAUUUGUUGUCAUAAUAGUAUGUAUUUGCAUGUCCAUAUCUAAUAGUCAGACUGAUAAAGAGAUAUUGUGUGGGUGUGGGUGUUCUAAGUGUUUGCAUGUGUGUACAUAUCCUAGAGAGAGAGAGAGACCGACGUAAUAAAAAGAUGGUGACACAGAAAGCUAGUUGCACAGAUUGAAAAAGGAAACAUUGGGGCAUCCCCAACGACCCUGUCUAGUAUCCACAGGUCCUAAAGAGGAAAGCAGCAUUCAAUGGCCUGUUUCUCAGUGUGUUUCAACUGUUGUUAUAUCGUUUUUGGUCAACCAGGUCAGCAGGGCGGGCCACAGAAAGAAAGCCCGCAUGGCACGGACGCGCUCUGACUUUCUGACCCGCACGCCGACCUCCUCGCUGGGGGGCGAGUCGGAGGAGGAUGAGUACGAUGGAAAGCCCCCCCACUCCUCCCCUCCCCCCUACAUCCCCAACCCUCCCUAAACAGCAGUCCUUUGAGUGUUUCAGUGACUCAGAGAUGGUAAAGAAAACAGACCCAUACCUAAACCUUGGCCUACACCCCAAUUCAACUAAUAUAAGUUAUUCUCUUGUUCCUCUAAGCUUCACAGUGGGACGGCCAUCUUUCUUCCCCCUGCUGUUAACCCUCUUUAGCACUGGCUGGGCAGACCUGCUCUACCGACCAACUCAACUAAACAACCUACGCUUUAACUAGAUUUUCACUCUUCCGCCGAGCAUAAACUGUUUCAACGGUGCUAACACACUCUUCUCUUUAAAACCCGAUCAAGGUUCUAGCCUAGCUUAGCCUCUCUCCUCACUUCUUCACAGCCCCGAAGUGAUUCUCCUUCUGCACCUCUGUCAGCAUAAUUAACCAUGGCAUGUGUUACUGUAGCCUGUUAGCCUGUUAGCUUUCUCUUCUCACCAUUAGCCCUGCUUUCUGACCGAACCCUGGGAUCCUGGGUCGAAGGUCAUCGCUCAACCUUGACCUUCCUCCCCUGAUGAUCCAUUAACACACAUUCCUGACCUCUCUACUUCAGUGUAACAUAAACUGUCUUUAUUGUGCUAGCUGGCUAUCCAUGUUAGAUAUACUGCUAGUCAGGUAUGCUAGUGAAAAACUGUGAGCUAUAGACAGCAUUGAAAAAUGUUAGUCUUGAGUACAACUGACAACUCAGGCUAGUGGAAGUGCUACAUUUUGUCAAGGAAUCCAUUGUUGUACUGCCAUCUACUGGCGUGGGGGAAAAAUCCUCCCGUCUCCUGUGAGAUACGAAAACAUAGACGUAGAGUAACACACUAACUUCAGUUAGUACUGUAGAUAUUGAAAAGUCUCUUUAAUUGUCCUAUCUGUUUCUAUAUGAUGAUGCUGACAUUGUGUCAUUCAUUGGCGUUUCAGCCUUCCACCAGCUCUGAGGAACAGAAGAAGAUGCACAAGGCCAUGUCGUCUGGAGAUCUGGCCAAAGUUGACACGAUACGCAAGAACACCCAGUCAGAUGGAAGGUUUGUUCCUGUCAUGGUGUCCAUUGUAGUCAUUUUAAUACAGUAUACACUGAGUGUACAAAACAUUAAGAACACCUUCCUAAUAUUGAGUUGCACCCCUCCCUCCCUUUUGCCCUUAGAAAAGCCUCAGUUUGUCGGGGUAUGGACUCUACAAGGUGUCGAAAGCGUUCCACAGGGACGCUGGCCCAUGUUGACUCCAAUGCGUCCCACGGUUGUGUCAAGUUGGCUGAAUAUCCUUUGGGUGUUGGACCAUUCUUGAUACACAUGGGGAAACUGUUGAGCGUGAAAAACCGAGAAGCGUUGCAUUUCUUGGCACACUCAAACUGGUCCGCCUGGCACCUACUACCAUACCCUGUUCAAAGGCACUUAAAUCUGUCUUGCCCAUUCACCCUCUGAAUGGCACACAUACACAGUUCAUGUCUAAAUUGUCUCAAGGCUUAAAAAUCCUUCUUUAACCUGUCUCCUCCCCUUCAUCUACAGUCGUGGUCAAAAGUUUUGAGAAUGACACAAGUAUUGGUCUUCACAAAGUUUGCUGCUUCAGUGUUAUGAGAUAUUUUUGUCAGAUGUUACUAUGGUAUACUGAAGUAUAAUUACAAGCAUUCCAUAAGUGUCAAAGGCUUUUAUUGACAAUUACAUUAAGUUUAUGCAAAGAGUCAAUAUUUGCAGUGUUGACCCUUCUUUUUCAAGACCUCUGCAAUCCGCCCUGGCAUGCUGUCAAUUAACUUCUGGGCCACAUCCUGACUGAUGGCAGCCCAUUCUUGGUUAAUGAAGCUGUGAUCUGUCUCCCACCACCAGGGUUAGGGAUAAUGAAGCUGUGAUCUCUCUCCCACCACCAGGGUUAGGGUUAAUGAAGCUGUGAUCUGUCUCCCACCACCAGGGUUAGGGAUAAUGAAGCUGUGAUCUAUCUCUCCCAUCACCAGGGUUAGGGUUAAUGAAGCUGUGAUCUGUCUCCCACCACCAGGGUUAGGGAUAAUGAAGCUGUGAUCUGUCUCCCACCACCAGGGUUAGGGAUAAUGAAGCUGUGAUCUCUCUCCCACCACCAGGGUUAGGGUUAAUGAAGCUGUGAUCUGUCUCCCACCACCAGGGUUAGGGUUAAUGAAGCUGUGAUCUGUCUCCCACCACCAGGGUUAGGGAUAAUGAAGCUGUGAUCUGUCUCCCACCACCAGGGUUCGUGGUAAGAUGCGCUUCUGGGGCAAGACGAAGCAGGGCGAGAAGAAGUCAUCCAGAGAGAAGCUGUUCUGCGGAGGUGACUCCAUGGAGGCAGACGACGGAGACACGGGGCCACUGCUGGGUGAAGGUGGGUGGGGGUUAAAGGGCAUCGUGGGGUUCAACAGGUCUAACUGUCAGAAGAAGACACAGUGAAGAUCACUUGAGUCUAGACGACUUGAACGAAAGGUGUUAGACUUACUGUCUGUCUGUCUCUCUGUCUGUCUCUCCAUCCCUCCCUCCCAGCAGGACAGGAUUACAUGUCCCCGCCUCGUAGUCCAGACAUGACCCUGGAGCGGGGGGCCAAGGAGAACAAGGAGCCCAAAGUGAAGAGGCGGCGUAGCGUCAAGAUCAGCAGCGGGGCCCUAGAGCCCGCCCAGUGGGGGAACGACGCUCUGCAGAUCCUCACCUGCACCAACGACUACAGGAGCAUGAACGACUUCCUCAUGAAGAAGGAAAGCUACCACAACACACACACACACACUACACAUGCACCACGGACUACAGAGCAUGAUGACUUCCUCAUCACACACACACACACACACACCCCCGGGUGGGGGAGAUGGAGGAGGAAAAUUGUGCCAAAGAGUCCUAGGGUUAGAGCGAUGCUUGGAUUAGAGUGGUAGAAAUGCCUUGCCAGCACAGGUAGGAUAAAAUGUAAGAGGAGGGAUGCAAAGAUGCCAGGGUCGGAGAGAGUUUACUUCUCCAUUUCCGCUCCCGGCAGGAGCUGUUCGUAGCUCGCAUGAGUCAUCAAGCCACGGAGCUGAGGGGAGACCGAGCCGGCCGGGAGGAUAGGGGACCAGAGAGUCAAAGGAGCAGAAGGAAGGAGGAGGGUUGAGGAGCAGAAUCAGGAGAUUCGGAGAACGGAUGAGAGAGGGAAGAGUGUAGGAUGGUACAGAGUAUGGACAGGGAGGAAGGUGCGGAGGCGCAUUACCAUCGUGGAGGAAGCAGGUGAGUAAGAGUGGAAAAGAGGUUGGAGAAAGAACCAAAGAUGGGGAACAUGAGGACUGGUUAGAUUAGAAGCGCAUCGUAAGAUGGGGUGCGUAAGGGCCGCUGUGAGUAGGGGGGGACGGUAAGGUCAAAGGUCAAAAGAGGAGAGAAGUGAAAAGAGCAAGAACUGACAAAGUGUGGACAUAGGUUGAUCUCUCUCCCAACUGAGGGCACCACCUCGAGGAAAGGAAUUUCCGCGUCACUCAUGUAACUCCAGGACCUGGAGGGGGGUCAAGGAUAAUAAGUGGACUGCCCAAAUCAAGAGUAGACGGUUAGAAGUGAAAGCAUGCAGAUCGUGCGCCCAGAGCCCCAGGGUGGGGAACUGACGGCUUGGAUCUGCUACCUGCCACCAACGAACAGGAGGGAUGAACUGGAUGUCUCUUGACAAAGGAGUUAGGGUUUAAACCUGGAACCUACCAUCACACCACGGCACAAUACGGACGCACACCCACCUACCAGGGCGUGUACAUCGCUCAGGGCAAAACAGCAAGAGGCAAAUACAGCACACACAGAAGCAGCAUAUGCAGAGGGACGCAUGGAGACAGAACACAGGAAGCGAACAUACACACACAUAUAGAUACAUGCAUAUGAAGAAACUCAGAAAAACACAAACACACACACACAGAGCGUUAUUACAUCAGCACGAGGAAGGUGGCGCUUUCAGGUUGACUACCAAUAUAAAUUCUCAAUUUGAAUUUUGAGCUUUGAACAUGAUGAUGAUUUGAAUAUCAGUAUUGAGGUUGUUCAAUGUCCAGUCUUAAGUUGUUUUACAAGGCUCAUGUACCAAAGCCCUAGAGAAUACUUUUAUCAAGGAGUUGUUUUUGUUUCAUUUAGAUCAGUGACCUGGUGGCAGAGGACGGCGGUAAGAAAGACACAAUGGUGGACGUGGUGUUCAAAAAGGCCUUGAAGGAGUUCCGCCUCAACAUCUUCAACUCCUACUCUACUGCUCUAGCGGUUAGUACGGCAGCGCAACAACCCUGUUAGAAUCCGAGGGUCCCUAAUACCUAUGUAUUUACAUGUAUUACAUGCAGUAGUACAGGAACUACGUUACAAGUCCUACAUCACCAGAUUUAAUGACUAUACUACAGGUAACACUUUACAAGUAGUGUACCCAUUAAUACUAGAUUUAAUGCAGUAUUACAUGUAAACUUUAACUAUCAAUAGUGUCUUAUACACUAUUGUAUUUAAAUGGCAUGUAAGUUAAAUGCUAACUACUUUUACAAUAGUUGUCAUUAAUACAUAUGUUUUAAAUGGCAGUAGUUACAUGGUAACUACUUUACAAUAGUGUCCUUAAAUUACCCAGUAUUCAUUCUUACAUGUCUACUAGUUACAUGCGUAAACUACUUUACAAUAGUGUCCUUAAUACCUAUGUAUUUACAUGGCAGUAGUUACAUGGUAACUACUUUACAAUAGUGUCCUUAAUACAUAUGUAUUUAAAUGGCAGUAGUUACAUGGUAACUACUUUACAAUAGUGUCCUUAAUACCUAUGUAUUUAAAUGGCAGUAGUGGUUACAUGGUAACUACUUUACAAUAGUGUCCCAUUAAUACAUAUGUAUUUUAAAUGGCAGUAUGUUUACAUGGUAACUACUUUACAAUAGUGUCCUUAGUACCUUUAUGUAUUAAAUGGCAGUAGUUACAUGGUAACUACUUUACAAUAGUGUCCUUAAUACCUAUGUAUUUUCAUGCUAGUAGUUACAUGGUAACUACUUUACAAUAGUGUCCUUAAUACAUAUGUAUUUACAUGGCAGUAGUUACAUGGUAACUACUUUACAAUAGUGUCCUUAAUACCUAUGUAUUUACAUGCUAGUAGUUACAUGGUAACUACUUUACAAUAGUGUCCUUAAUACAUAAAUUAUGUAUUUAAAUGGCAGUAGUUACCGGCAUGUUUUUUUAAUGUAAACCUCUUGUUUGUGCUCUCCAGAUGGAUGAUGGGAAGAGUAUCCGCUACAAGGACUUGUACGCCCUGUUUGAACAGAUCCUGGAGAAGACCAUGCGUCUGGAGCAGCGGGACUGGAGCGAGUCGCCUGUCAAGGUCUGGGUCAACACCUUCAAGAUCUUUCUGGACGAGUUCAUGACCGAGUACAAGCCCAUGGACAGCACCAUCAGCAAGGUACCACCUCCACCGCUGAACUUCUGUCUGAUGCAAUGUUGUUAUUGUAGCCGUUGGCUAUGUAGCUAAGUAUCACACUGUGCACUGCAUGCUGUCUGAGCUGAAGCCAUGGUUUAGGUGGGUUAGCAGUAAUGUUGGUAACUGAAGCCAUGGUUUAGGUGGGUUAGCAGUAAUGUUAGUAGCUGAAGCCAUGGUUUAGGUGGGUUAGCAGUAAUGUUAGUAGCUGAAGCCAUGGUUUAGGUGGGUUAGCAGUAAUGUUAGUAGCUGAAGCAAUGGUUUAGGUGGGUUAGCAGUAAUGUUGGUAACUGAAGCCAUGGUUUAGGUGGGUGAGCAGUAAUGUUAGUAGCUGAAGCCAUGGUUUAGGUGGGUUAGCAGUAAUGUUAGUAGCUGAAGCAAUGGUUUAGGUGGGUUAGCAGUAAUGUUGGUAACUGAAGCCAUGGUUUAGGUGGGUUAGCAGUAAUGUUAGUAGCUGAAGCCAUGGUUUAGGUGGGCUAGCAGUAAUGUUAGUAGCUGAAGCCAUGGUUUAGGUUGGUUAGCAGUAAUGUUAGCAGCUGAAGCCAUGGUUUAGGUGGGUUAGCAGUAAUGUUAGUAGCUGAAGCCAUGGUUUAGGUGGGUUAGCAGUAAUGUUAGUAGCUGAAGCCACAUUACUGCUAAAGGUGGGUUAGCAGUAAUGUUAGUAGCUGAAGCCAUGGUUUAGGUGGGUUAGCAGUAAUGUUAGUAGCUGAAGCCAUGGUUUAGGUGGGUUAGCAGUAAUGUUAGUAGCUGAAGCCAUGGUUUAGGUGGGUUAGCAGUAAUGUUAGUAGCUGCAGGGUGUGUGUGUGUGUGUGUGUGUGUUGUCGGCACAGCACUGCUACAGUGGCUUGGUUAACAGGGUUAGCUGCUGAUGUAACUGCUUCCAACACCCAGGUAACUAAUUUUAAUCCCUGUACGGGUCACAUGAAGCCUUGGCUACUAUACUUAGCCCCUCUGGAAGAGAGGGUCUGCUGGAAAAUAGCAUUUUGGUCUUUACGAUCUUAUUAACUUGUAAGCUACAAGGGUAUUACAGUAUUUGUUGUUGUCAGAGCUCUGUUAUAUUUGGUUGUGUUCCCCCAGCAGGUCCCCAAACCUGAGCGCAAAAAGAGGAGGAAAAAAGACGCUGACAUUGUGAGUGCCUGCUCUUUCUGUUUCAAACUAGUAGUCAACCAUUUUGGUAUGAGACUGAGACCAGACUGAUCUUAAAUGUAUAGUCAGUGAUGCACGAAGUAAACAGCAAAAUCGGGCCGAUUUUUCCGCAACAACUAAAAAAGCAUUGAAGCACGAGGCGAAACUUCUCCGCUGUUUUGUUCCCGCGGCUAUCGCACUGUAGCAGAUUGAACCUGCUCGUAGCAACGUCAUAUCGCGGAGUCUCAAUUUAAAACAUAUUAACCGCCAGUCAGCCAUGAUUCUCUUUCCUUUAGAAACAAAAGAAAAUAGGCCAUUAACCAGAACAGACAGGAGAGUCAGAGACUAUAGAAAGAAUUAAUGUCAACAUAAACUCUCCUUGGCUCUUUUCUUCCCUCCUCUCCACUGCCCCCUACAGGUGGAGGAACACAAUGGCCAUAUUUUCAAGGCCACCCAGUACAGCAUCCCCACCUACUGCGAGUACUGCUCCUCUCUUAUCUGGAUGAUGGACAGGGCCUGCGUCUGCAAAUGUGAGUACUCGCGCACACACACACACAACACACGCACGCAAGCACACACACACACACACAGACUCACACAUUAUUACUGUGCAUGUCCUCAGCUGCCCUUUGGCCAAGCUUUGAGCUGUGGCCCCUCCUAACCCCUCCUACUAAUCAGAUUGUGUUCAACUGGACUCGUGGUCUGCAGCUCCUCAUCCUCCACAGUUUUCUCAAGCAGCAGUCAGAAAGGAUGUUUUCUCCUCCCUGGCCAAUGUUGCCUCUGUCUCUUAGCCCUGUAGUCAGUUAGCUAGCGCCCAUAACAGUUAGUUUUUCCUCCCUUGGUAACAAUGCGGAGGCACUGUCUUUCGGUGGAAAAUGGCGCUGACUUGCAUUUCUCUGGCUGUGUUUAUCCAGUGUGUCGCUACGCCUGCCACAGAAAGUGCUGCCUGAAGCUGACCACGAAAUGCAGCAAAAAGGUGAGACUACCUAUACUAGAUCAACGGACACCGACAACUACCUAUUCUAGAUCAACGGACACCGACAACUACCUAUACUAGAUCAACGGACACCGACAACUACCUAUACUAGAUCAACGGACACCGACAACUACCUACAGUGGGGAGAACAAGUAUUUGAUACACUGCCGAUUUUGCAGGUUUUCCUACUUACAAAGCAUGUAGAGGUCUGUAAUUUUUAUCAUAGGUACACUUCAACUGUGAGAGACGGAAUGUAAAACAAAAAUCCAGAAAAUCACAUUGUAUGAUUUUUAAGUAAUUAAUUUGCAUUUUAUUGCAUGACAUAAGUAUUUGAUCACCUACCAACCAGUAAGAAUUCCGGCUCUCACAGACCUGUUAGUUUUUCUUUAAGAAGCCCUCCUGUUCUCCACUCAUUACCUGUAUUAACUGCACCUGUUUGAACUCGUUACCUGUAUAAAAGACACCUGUCCAAACACUCAAUCAAACAGACUCCAACCUCUCCACAAUGGCCAAGACCAGAGAGCUGUGUAAGGACAUCAGGGAUAAAAUUGUAGACCUGCACAAGGCUGGGAUGGGCUACAGGACAAUAGGCAAGCAGCUUGGUGAGAAGGCAACAACUGUUGGCGCAAUUAUUAGAAAAUGGAAGAAGUUCAAGAUGACGGUCAAUCACCCUCGGUCUGGGGCUCCAUGCAAGAUCUCACCUCGUAGGGCAUCAAUGAUCAUGAGGAAGGUGAGGGAUCAGCCCAGAACUACAUGGCAGGACCUGGUCAAUGACCUGAAGAGAGCUGGGACCACAGUCUCAAAGAAAACCAUUAGUAACACACUACGCCGUCAUGGAUUAAAAUCCUGCAGCGCACGCAAGGUCCCCCUGCUCAAGCCAGCGCAUGUCCAGGCCCGUCUGAAGUUUGCCAAUGACCAUCUGGAUGAUCCAGAGGAGGAAUGGGAGAAGGUCAUGUGGUCUGAUGAGACAAAAAUAGAGCUUUUUGGUCUAAAUCCACUCGCCGUGUUUGGAGGAAGAAGAAGGAUGAGUACAACCCCAAGAACACCAUCCCAACCGUGAAGCAUGGAGGUGGAAACAUAAUUCUUUGGGGAUGCUUUUCUGCAAAGGGGACAGGACGACUGCACCGUAUUGAGGGGAGGAUGGAUGGGGCCAUGUAUCGCGAGAUCUUGGCCAACAACCUCCUUCCCUCAGUAAGAGCAUUGAAGAUGGGUCGUAGCUGGGUCUUCCAGCAUGACAACGACCCGAAUCACACAGCCAGGGCAACUAAGGAGUGGCUCCGUAAGAAGCAUCUCAAGGUCCUGGAGUGGCCUAGCCAGUCUCCAGACCUGAACCCAAUAGAAAAUCUUUGGAGGGAGCUGAAAGUCCGUAUUGCCCAGCGACAGCCCCGAAACCUGAAGGAUCUGGAGAAGGUCUGUAUGGAGGAGUGGGCCAAAAUCCCUGCUGCAUUGUGUGCAAACCUGGUCAAGACCUACAGGAAACGUAUGAUCUCUGUAAUUGCAAACAAAGGUUUCUGUACCAAAUAUUAAGUUCUGCUUUUCUGAUGUAUCAAAUACUUAUGUCAUGCAAUAAAAUGCAAAUUAAUUACUUAAAAAUCAUACAAUGUGAUUUUCUGGUACACUCUCACAGUUGAAGUGUACCUAUAAUAAAAAUGACAGACCUCUACAUGCUUUGUAAGUAGGAAAACCUGCAAAAUCGGCAGUGUAUCAAAUACUUGUUCUCCCCACUGUAUACUAGAUCAACGGACACCGACAACUACCUAUACUAGAUCAACGGACACCGACAACUACCUAUACUAGAUCAACGGACACCGACAACUACCUAUACUAGAUCAACGGACACCGACAAUUAUUCAGUAGAAGGUGUGUGUGUGUGUCCACAUGCACUCCUACAUCUCUUAUGUCUGUGUGUGUGUGUGUGUGUGUGGUGUGUGUGUGUGCGCGUGUGUGUGUGCGCGUGCAGUACGACCCAGAGCUGUCAUCCAGGCAGUUUGGGGUGGAGGUGUCCCGUCUGACCAAUGAGGAGAGGACAGUGCCCCUGAUGGUGGAGAAGCUCAUCAACUACAUCGAGAUGCACGGCCUCUACACCGAGGGCAUCUACAGGAAGUCUGGCUCCACCAAUAAGAUCAAAGAGCUCAAGCAGGGACUGGACACAGGUACUGUAUACAUGCUAACAGAGACCAGGGGGAGGCAAUUACGCUAAUGGCUAUUUGCUAAUGAAAAUGUCAAUGCUAUGGCUAAAGGCUAAUGCUAACUUCAACACGGGAUGCUUGUUUCAUUCUGACAUUUUGGCCAUUUGUACACACAGACGUGAACAGCAUGAACCUGGAUGACUACAACAUCCACGUUAUCGCUAGUGUCUUCAAGCAGUGGCUCCGGGACCUGCCCAAUCCGCUUAUGACCUUUGAACUAUACGAGGAGUUCCUCCGCGCCAUGUGUAAAUACUCCUAACUUCCUGUCAUUUCAUGUCUGAGAAAUGUAUACUCCUUACUUCUUUUAUUUCUGUAUGUAGUUCAACUUCAUUGUUGGACAUUGAAAAUAACUUCUCUCACUGAUGAAUAUAUCAAAAACUGAAUCAAAAACCCCAUGAAAAAUAUAAUCAAUAUGUUUGGUGAUGAAUGUGUUUGCAGGCUUGCAGGACAGGAAGGAGGUGAUUCGAGGGGUCUACUCUAUCAUCGACCAGCUAAGUAGAACUCACCUGAACACCCUGGAGCGGCUCUUCUUCCACCUAGUCAGGUAACACGCUUUCUACUCUCUCUCUCCCACUGCUAUCUACUGUAGCAAUUGGACGUCACAUCAAAUCAAAAGGAAAACGCAAGACAGAAGAUUCAUACAAUAGCAGAACAUUUCUGUAAUGUCCUAACUCUUAAGCCUAUCACCUUGAGUAAGAAGCUGGAACCAAACGUCACACAUGUAUUAUACCUAGAGUGCCUUCACAAAGUAUUCAUACCCCUUGACUUAUUCUACAUUUUGUUGUGUUACAGCUUGAAUUCAAAAUGGAUUCAAUUAAUUUUUUCUCUCACCCAUCUACACACAAUACCUCAUAAUGAUUGAUAACAUGUUUGUAGACAUUUUUGCAAAUGUAUUGAACAUGAAAUACAGAAAUAUCUCAUUUACGUAAGUAUUCACACCCCUGAGUCAAUACAUGUUAGAAUCACCUUUGGCAGAGAUUACAGCUGUGAGUGUUUCUGGGUAAUAUGUCUCUAAGAGCUUUGCACACCUGGAUUGUACAAUAUUUUCACAUUAUUCUUUUUAAAUUCUUCAAGCUCUGUUGGUUGUUGAUCUUUGCUAGACAGCCGUUUUCAAGUCUUGCAAUAGAUUUUCAAGCUGAUUUAAUUAAAAACGAACUAGGCCACUCAGGAACAUUCCAUUUCAUCUUGGUAAGCAACUCCAGUGUAUAUUUGUGUUUUAGGUUAUUGUCCUGCUGAAAGGUGAAUUCAUCUCCCAGUGUCUGGUGGAAAGCAGACUGAACCAGGGUUUCCUCUAGGGUUUUGCCUGUGCUUGGCUCUAUUCCAUGUAUAUUUUAACAUUUUAUUUUACUCCCUAGUCCUUGCUGAUGAAUAGCGUACCCAUAAUAUGAUGCAGCCACCACCAUGCUUGGAGCCACCACCAUGCUUGAAAAUAUGAAGUGUGGUACUCAGUGAUGUGUUGUGUUGGAAAUGCCCCAAACAUAACGCUUUGUAUUCAGGACUUACAGUUAAUUUCUUUGCCAAACAGGAGCAUGUUUUGGAGUAUUUUUUCUGCAGCUUCUUUUUCACUUUAGUUAGGUGGAGUAACACAUUGUUGAUCCAUCCUCGUUUUCUCCCUCACAAUUAACUCGUAAUGUUUUAAAGUCACAGGCCCCGAUGUUUCUCUCUCUGGCAGAGUAGGAGGAGCUGUAUCUGAGUAUGAGUGUAUUGAUACCCCCCAAGUUACAUAAGUCACAGCUCAAGGAUAUUCAUGUCCUUUUUUUUAAUGUACCCAUAUUCAAUAGGUGCCUUCUUGCAGGCUUGGAUAUGUGGAGUACUCAUGUUGUGUACAGUCCUGCGUUUUCUCCCAUCCGCCAAAAUCUGUACUGUUUAAAGUCAUUGGCCCCUGAGUGGUUCCUUCCUCUCUGGCACGAGUUAGGAACAACUUUGAUCUUUGGUGACUGAGUGUAUUGGCUACACCACCCAAAGGUAACUAAUACUUCACCAUGCUCAAAGGGAUUUGCAAUUCUGCUUUUUUAAUUGUAAAAUAUAUCAUAGGUCAUCUUGCAAGCAUAAACAUCCCUGGACUUAUGUGGUUGAAUCGGUUGAAACACUACUCUCAAUUAGGACUUACAGAUAUUGAAUUCAGCGAUGACACAAAAAUGUUAAAAAAGUCACAGAGUGUGAGAAUAUCUUCUAAGGACUAUGUUCCGGGUGUAAUACUCCCAGGAUUGGGCAAACACAACCGUAUGUCCAAACGCCACUUGACAUUGUUUCGCCCCCUGCAUCCUCGCUGUCCUGACACAAAAUCCCCUGCAGAGUGUCCAGGACAUCGGCAAGACACGGCAGACCACAGCGUGAGACCUACGUCACAGGUACGUGAAUGCUAUAGUAUCUACUGUGCUAUAGAUCCUAUGCUGCCUAUAGAUCCUACUGCUGCUGCUAUAGAUCACUGCUGCUCUAUAGAUCCUUAUAGUCUCUUGCUCUAUAGUAUCCUACUGCUGCUGCUAUAGUCUACUGCUGCUACUAUGUAUCUACUGCUGCUGUAUAGAUCCUACUGCUGCUAAGAAUCCUACGCUGCUGCUAUAGAUCUACUGCUGCUAAUAUCCUACUGCUGCUGUAUAGAUCCUAUGCUGCUCUAUAGUAUCCUACUGCUGCUGCUAUAGAUCUACUUGCUGCUAUAGAUCCUACUGCUGCUAUAGUAUCCUACUGCUGCUCUAUAUCUAUCUGCUAGAAUUAUACCUCUGCUGCUACUAUAUCCUACUGCUGCUGCUAUAGUAUCCUACUCUCUAUAGACCUCUGCUGCUAUAAUCCUACUGCUGCUGCUAUAGACCUACUGCUGCUAGUAUUAUCUACUGCUGCUACUAUAUAUCCUACUGCUGCUGCUAUAGUAUCCUACUGCUGCUGCUAUAGUAUCCUACUUGUGCUAUAUAUCCUACUGCUGCUAUAUGAUCCUACUGCUAGUCUGCUGCUCAUAGAUCCUACUGCUUGCUAUAGUAUCCUACUGCUGCUACUAUAGUAUCCUACUUGCUUCUACUAUAGUAUCCUACUUGCUGACUAUAGUAUCCUACUGCUGUGCUAUAGAUCUUCUGCUGCUAUAGUACUACUGCUGCUAGCUAUCUACGCUGUGCUAUAGUAUCCUACUGCUGCUUAUAGACUACUGCUGCUAUAGCUAUGUUAUCCUACUGCUGCUGCUAUGAGUAUCCUAUGCUGCUGCUAUAGUAUAUCCUAGCUACGUGCUAAGUACCUACUGCUGCUAUGAUCUACUCUGUAGUAUCCUACUGCUGCUGCUAUAGACUACUGCUGCUAUAGUAUCCUAUGCUGCUACUAUAGUCCUACUGCUGCUGCUGCUAUAGUAUCACUGCUGCUCUCUGCAUAGUAUCCUACUGCUGCUGCUAUGAGCAUCCUAACUGCUGCUGCUAUAGUAUCCUACUGUGCUGCUAUAGAUCCUACUGCUGCUAUAGUAUCCUCUGCUUGUCUGCUUAUAGUAUCCUACUGCUUGCUGCUUAUAGGAUCUACUUGCUAUAGAUCCUACUGCUGCUGCUAUAGUAUCCUACUGCUGCUAUACACUGAUUAUCCUACUGCUGCUCUAUAGUAUCCUACUGCGCUGCUAUAGGAUCUACUACUGCUAUAGAUCCUACUGCUGCUGCUAUAGAUCCUACUGCUGCUGCUAUAGUAUCCUACUGCUGCUCUAUAGUAACCUACUUGCUCUAAGUAUCCUACUGCCUGCUAUAGUAUCCUACUGCUGCUGCUAUAGUACCUACUGCUCUAUAGAUCUACUGCUGUGCUAUAGACUAUGGCUUCUACUGCUGCUAUAGUAUCCUACUGCUGCUGCUAUAGUAUCCUACUGCUAUGAUACUGCGCUGCUAUAGUAUCCUACUGCUGCUACUAUAGUAUCCUACUGCUGCUAUAGUAUCUACUGCUGCUGCUAUAGUAUCCUACUGCUGCUGCUAUAGUAUCCUACUUGCUGGCUGCUAUAGAUCUACUGCUGCUAUAGACCUACUGCUGCUACUAUAGUAUCCUACUGCUGCUACUAUAGGAUCCUACUGCUGCUGCUAUAGUAUCCUACUGCUGCUAUAGUAUCCUACUGCUGCUGCUAUAGUAUCCUACUGCUGCUGCUAUAGUACUACUGUGUAUAGUUCCUAUGCUCUAUAGUAUCUAUCUGCUGCUAUAGAUCCAUGCCUAUAGUCUACUGCUGCUAUAGAUCCUACUGGCUAUAGCUAUGCUGCUAUAGUAUCCUACUGCUGCUGCUAUAGUAUCCUACUGCUGCUGCUAUAGUAUCCUACUUGCUGUCUGCUAUAGUAUCCUACUGCUGCUGCUAUAGUAUCCUACUGCUGCUGCUAUAGUAUCCUACUGUCUAGAUCUCGCUUUAUAUCUACUCUGCUGCUUAGAUCCUACUGCUGCUGCUAUAGUAUCCUACUGCUGCUACUAUAGUAUCCUACUGCUGCUACUAUAGUAUCCUACUGCUGCUGCUAUAGAUCGCUACUGCUGAGCUAUCAAUAUCCUACUGCUGACUAGCUAUACGUCUAACUUGCUGCUGCUAUAGUAUCCUACUGCUGCUGCUAUAGUAUCCUACUGCUGCUGCCUAUAGUAUUCUACUGCUGCUGCUAUUAGUGAUCCUACUGCUGGCUGCUAUAGUAUCCUACCUGCUGCUGCUAUAGUCUACUGCUGCUCUAUAGUAUCUCGCUAUUACUACUGCUGCUAUAGUAUCCUACUGCUGCUGCUGAUAGUAUCCUACUGCUGCUGCUAUAGUAAUCCUACUGCUGCUGCUAUAGUAUCCUACUGCUGCUGCUAUAGUAUCCUACUGGCUGCUAUAUAUCCUACUAGCUGCUGCUAUAUAUCCUACUUGCUGCUAUAGUAUCUACUGCUGCUUAAUCUAUGACCUGCUGCUAUAGUACCUACUGCUGCUACUAUAUAGUUCCUACUGCUGCUGCUAUAGUAUCCUACUGCUGCUACUAUAGUAAGUCAAUCCUACUGCUGCUAUAGAUCUACGCUCUGCUAUAGUAUCCUACUGCUGCUGCUAUAGUAACCUACUUGUUGCUAUAGUAUCUACUGCUGCUGCUAUAGUAACCUACUGAUUGCUGCUAUAGUAUCCUACUGCUGCUACUAUAGUAUCCUACUGCUGCUGCUAUAGUAUCCUACUGCUGCUGCUAUAGUAUCCUACUGCUGCUGCUAUAGUAUCCUACUGCUGCUGCUAUAGUAUCCUACUGCUGCUGCUAUAGUAUCCUACUGCUGCUAUAGUAUCCUACUGCUGCUGCUAUAGUAUCCUACUGCUGCUGCUAUAGGAUCCUACUGCUGCUGCUAUAUGAUCCUACUGCUGCUGCUAUAGUACUAUUGAUGCUAUAGUAUCCUACUGCUGCUGCUAUAGUAUCCUACUGCUGCUGCUAUAGUAUCCUACUGCUGCUGCUAUAGUAUCCUACUGCUGCUGCUAUAGGAUCCUACUGCUGCUGCUAUAGGAUCCUACUGCUGCUGCUAUAGUAUCCUACUGCUGCUGCUACUAGAUAUCCUACUGCUGCUGCUAUAGUAUCCUACUGUGCUGCUAUAGUACCUGCUAUAGUAUCCUACUGCUGCUGCUAUAGUAUCCUACUGCUGCUGCUAUAGUACUGCUAUUGCUGCUAUAGUAUCCUACUGCUGCUGCUAUAGUAUCCUACUGCUGCUACUAUAGUAUCCUACUGCUGCUGCUAUAGUAUCCUACUGCUGCUGCUAUAGUAACCUACUUGUUGCUAUAGUAUCCUACUGCUGCUACUAUAGUACCUACUGCUGCUGCUAUAGAUCCUACUGCUGCUGCUAUAGUAUCCUACUGCUGCUGCUAUAGUAUCCUACUGCUGCUGCUAUAGUAUCCUACUGCUGCUGCUAUAGUAUCCUACUGCUGCUGCUAUAGUAUCCUACUGCUGCUGCUAUAGUAUCCUACUGCUGCUGCUAUAGUAAUCCUACUGCUGCUGCUAUAGUGAUCCUACUGCUGCUGCUAUAGUAUCCUACUUGCUGCUGCUAUAGUAUCCUACUGCUGCUGCUAUAGUAUCCUACUGCUGCUGCUAUAGUAUCCUACUGCUGCUGCUAUAGGAUCCUACUGUGCUGCUAUAGUAUCCUACUGCUGCUGCUAUAGUAUCCUACUGCUGCUGCUAUAGUAUCCUACUGCUGCUGCUAUAGUAUCCUACUGCUUGCUACUAUAGUAUCCUACUGCUGCUGCUAUAGUACCUUAUUGCUGCUAUAUACCUACUGCUGCUGCUAUAGAUCCUAACUGCUGCUACUAUAGGAUCCUACUGCUGCUGCUAUAGUAUCCUACUGCUGCUGCUAUAGUAUCCUACUGCUGCUGCUAUAGCAUCCUACUGCUGCUGCUAUAGUAUCCUACUGCUGCUACUAUAGGUCUAUCCUACUGCUGCUGCUAUAGAUCCUACUGCUGCUGCUGCUUCUAUUAGUAUCCUACUGAUGCUGCUGCUUAUCCUACUUGCGAUCCUACUGGCUGGAUGCUGCUGUAUAGAUCCUAUGCUGUGCUUCGCUACUAUAGGAUCCUACUGCUGCUACUAUAGUAUCCUACUGCUGCUCUUAGAUCUACUGCUGAUAGUAUCCUACUGCUGCUAUAGCUGCUAUAUAGAUCCUCUAAUAGACCUACUGCUUCUGCUAUAGUAUCUACUGCUGCUAUAGAUCGAUACCUACUGCUGCUGCUAUAGUAUCCUACUGGCUCUUAGAUACUGUAUAUCCUAUUGUGCUAUGCCUACUGUUAUAGGAUCUAUGCUGUGCUAUAGUAUCCUACUGCGCUACUAUAGUAUCCUACUUGCUGCAUAUGAUCCUACUGCUGACUAUAGGAUCCUACUGCUGCUAUAGGAUCCUACUGCUGCUGCUAUAGUAUCCUACUGCUGCUAUAGUAUCCUACUGCUACUAUAGGAUCCUACUGCUGCUGCUAUAGUAUUACAUUGAUGUAGUAGACUGUAAUAUGACCAUGGCUCUUCCUGUUCUAGGUGUGUGGAGCUCAUCAUUGGUGAGCAGAUGAAUAAGUACCGCGCCCGGCUAAAGGACAUCAACAGUCUGGAGUUUGCCGAGAACAAAGCCAAGUGCAAGCUGACCCUCAUUCGGAGGUCAAUGGUAAAGUCAAAGGUUAUAGCUGGUCAUCACCACUAUCUACAGGCUGUAUUUAACAAGACAUCAGCUCUCAUCAAUAGUAGUUUUAACAAACCCCAACUAGCUAACCUAUCCUGUUAAAACACCCUUCUUAAAUUGACCCUCCCAACUAGCUAACCUAUCCUGUUAAAACACCCUUCUUAAAUUGACCCUCCCAUCUAGCUAACCUAUCCUGUUAAAACACCCUUCUUAAGUCAGCCUACCUUGAACCUCCUCCUCCUCUUCUAACCCUGUUUUCUCCCAUUUUAAUCCUGUCAUUUCCCUUCCUUUCUUUUUCCUUCCUAAUCCAGAAACCUGUACUAAUUGCUGUUAGAUUUAUGACCAUAGCCCGCAGUACUGUCCCGGUAUGUAUCCACUCACUGUUACUCAGCCCAACCCCACCUAAUCAUGGUCAUCCUCCUGUCAGCCAUUUUGUUGUGUAUUGAUCACUGCCCACCUCGUCCUAAUGCCAGGGUCUGCCCGGUGUCCUCCAUCCUCACAACAUGGCGCCACCUCACUUCGACCUUCUAUCUCUUUCUCACUUUCCUCCUGACCUUGGGGUCAAAAUUUGGGAAAUGAUGUCCUCCACUUAUUUUGUUAUCUCUCGUGGACAGACUACUUAUUAUGUAAUAUCAUGUAAUAUAACCUAUUCGUAAUAGAAUUUCUUAGAUUUGCUGCCUCUUGUCCCAUGACUACGGUUAACCAAGAUUACUUAUUAUGUAAUAACAUGUAAUAUAACCUAUUCGUAAUAGAAUUUCUUAGAUUGGCUGCCUCUUGUCCCAUGAUCCAAUCAAAGAUCUGCUCAACUACAUGUACUGUAGACCGUAGCAGAUCUUUGGUAUUAAAGCAAUUCCAGGAGAAAUGUCCUCACAACACAAACAGACCUGCUGGAUCAUCACAAGUUAGCUUUAUGGAGGCUUUGUAUGAGGUUAGGGACCAAAUACUGUCCAGUGUCUUUGGCCUCAUUUUCACUUUUAUAUUCUCUUUUGCUUCUCAAUUGUUUGUACCACGCAGCCAAACGCAGCCAAAAAGGUAACCCAUGCAGCAUCCAACAUGAUUUUGUGAUUGGGUGUCUGCUGUGGCUGCUGGUUGUUAGACUGCAUGUGUGAGUGGGGAGCAUGAGUCUUGGGGUUGUUGUGGGUUUAAAAGGCAAACUAUGGAACACAUUGAUGUUUCAAGUAUUACAAUUGUGUAUUACAAAGUAAAAAAAUAUUGUGCAUGUGCUGGUGAUUGGUCUAUCAUGUACCGUCAAUGUAACUUGGUGGAAGGGGCCUCCUUGUAGUAGGUAGGUAGGAGUAACAGUUGCUGGCUAUACAACCUGAAAUAGAAUUUGCUACCAGAUGCUGUCAUUUUCCCCUGCUUUGCUAUUCUUGUCAUGAAUCAGGACAAUCCUACACCAGGACAAUUGCUGGCAUUAGCCUAAGCUAACAUAAGCUAACACUAACUUCCCCCUAACUGACUGUUUUGUGCUUUGUUUCGCAGGGCAAGGGCCACGUUCGGCGGUUCAGCUACCACACGCCCUCGCCCCCGGUUAGCCCGCGCCUGCCGUCCGUGACGGGUGCAGUGAUGCAGGAGAGCGGCGGUGAGGAGGUGGGGGCCGGGCUGGAGCCUGAGGUAUCAGAGCACCAGCGGUUGGCCAUGCAGCAGGAGGAGAGGGUGCUGACGGAGCAGAUCGAGAGCCUGCAGAAAGAGAAGUACCUUAUUUUGCAUUGUACCUACAGUAGAAUUUUGGAGGGGGCUCCCUCAGUCAAUGUACAACUGAUAUUGUUGUACAAUGAAAAGCGUGUUAUAAAAUAAAUGUAUAAAUACAGUAUUAUACCUAUACCUACAGGAGAUUUGAGAAAUCUCAAAUAAAUGGAAAAGUAUACUUAAAAUUAGGAAGAUGAAUGAUUAAAACUAUCAUUGUGUUUUUCUUCUGCAUUGACCUCACCCAUGUUUGUCCCCACAGGGAGGAGCUAACCUUUGAGAUGCUGACUUUGGAGCAGCGAGGAUCAGACGAUGAGACCCUGGAAUCGGAGGCGUCCAUCGGCACGGCCGACAGCUCAGAGAAUCUCAACGUGGACACUGAAGGAGCCACCUCCGACUUCUCCGGUAUGCCAUGAUAUUAAACAGUACCAUGGUGAACCUGUUUGGAAAAUGCUUGUUAAAACUUGUGGUUAUAUUUUAAGUUUCUCUCUACAAUUCUGUGUAGCAAAAGGAGACGUGAGUAAAAAAGGUGUGUCAUUUAGUUGAAACAUUGCACCAUGGUCUGACCUCUGACCUUUUUAGGUCCCUCAGAGAGAGGCCCCACGCUGGCCGCCAUCGCCCAGCCCAAGAGGUCAGAGGGGAAGAGCCACCGCCGCCGCAACCUACGCAGGCAACCAGACUCCCAGGACUCAGUGGACUCCUGUUCCUCCCUCUCCUCCCUCUCCUCCUCCUCCCACUACCACCCGCCCUCUUCCUCCUCUGUGGCCACAGCUCGCCACUUUCGCUACCGCUCCAAGUCGCCCUCCUCUGGCUCUGGCUCCACCCAUGGCGCCCAGAGCUUGUACCCGACCCAGCCUCCCCGCCGCGACAGCAUGGACUGUGUCCCCCUGGCCGAACAGGAGGGGGCGUUCGAAGAGAGGUCACAGUUCACCAGCCGAGGCACCUUUAACCCAGAGAAGGGCAAACAGAAACUGAAAGGGUCCAAGAACUCACCCCUGAGGCACUCCCAUGACAGUGGGGGCCACAGCAGGGAUCCGCCUGACUUACCCCAGCAGCUGGUUUUGUACGGCAGCAAUGAGUUCAUGGUAUGAAGGACAGUGGGAACACCUCCUGCGUCACAGCCCACUCUCCCUACCCCCCGGCCAGCACCCAAGCUCACGAAAAAGGGUGAAGAGCAUGCGAUCUGACCCCCUUCCUCAAACACUCCAGCUCACCCUUUCUCAGUCUACGUCCGCAACAAUGCAGAACUGUCCCCCUAAGUGCCAUGUACACACAGUACUGUGUGUCCACCUCAAAACAGACAGGAGAGGGAGAGGCUGGGAGUGGGAGAGGAGGAACCAGUAGAAGGGUUGAUCUCCUGUGGCCUUAACAGCCAACCACACUCCCCAUGGUCCCUCUGCAGGUCUGGGCCUCCCUCAGCCCAGGGGAGAGGGGACGUGUGGAGCAGGAGAAAAGGGAAUACUGGGACACUGGGAGAGGACCACUCAGCAUCCGGGAGAUUUCCCGAGUUGACGUCCCAAUGCCAACUAGGAGGUGGAACGAGGCUUGAAGACGAAGAAAAGAAAAGGCUACCGAGCCGUUGACAGAGCUGCCGUGUCCAUGAACUUGAGUUCUCAAUCAUUGGCUGCUUUUAAGUUUACAGUUCAAAACAAUCAAUGUAAGCAGUGGUUCCUCUAUUAUUACAAAUGUAUUUUUCCCUUAAGCCUAUUUAAUAAAUUUUAAUUUCAUGGAAAGUAUAAAUCUAUAUAACUAUAUUAGAAAGGUAUAAAUACUGUACAAAGCCGGAACACCAGUAACUGCUGGGUAGUUGAAGUCAAAUAUUUAUCUUUUUCUUGAGUAUCUUGGGCAGAGAUGUAUGGUAUUGGGCAAAGGCUGUGUACGUGUGCGUGCUUGAGUGUCAAUUUGUGCUGGUGUGUGUAUGAGAAGACCACUCCAUGUUUUUAAGUUUGCGCUGCUUUGUUCCUCUCCUGAGGGAAAUACCGCCAUGAAAGGGACCAAGUUAGCUGGUGUUUCUUCCAGCCAAGGGGAUCCCAGCUCUGUAAAGAAUGUCGGAUGUGUAUAAAAUCACUGCAUUCACUGCUUAACAGCCACACAACAAUUAGAAUGUACAGUACAAUAUGUAUUGGACAAAUGCCAUUCUCCUUUCUCUGGAUACAUGUUACCCCCAAAUCCUUGUCUUCCUGAGAUAUCAGUGUUGGACUCAAUAGCAACCAAACAAGGACAUGAACUUUCUUGUCUUUUGUCAUUAUUCUUAACGUUUCUUGUUUUUUUAUGGGUGUAUUAGUUUAAAAAAUGUAUUGGGAUAGUUUUAUGUGGAGAUGUCAUUUUGGACAGUCAGCUGUUAUUCAGGCAACAGUCAAAAGCCUCCUUUCAGUUUAAAACUCACUUUUUGUAACACUAUCAGAGUUGAAAUAUAAAUUCCUUAUCAGUUAUCAGAGAUUCGAAGAUCAAAAAAACAAUAUUCAAACACCUCACAGUUCUAAGUGUUUGAGGGUGAAAAUGUCAGAAGGCCACAACAGUGUAAAAGGUUGUUAGUUAUAGUUAUACCAAACAGUAUUUUCCUAAUACUGCACGGUACUGGAAUGAGCUUCAAUUCAGAGGUUCAGAAUCAGAAUUGUGUUUAUCAUACAAGAGGAAAAUCUUGGCACAGCUCACACAUCGCAUACACAAAACAUAAUAAUAUUAUUAUUCAAUAGGUUGAUCAUACUAGUGCAGUGUACAUGAUCACCGAAC